UGGGGAGGCACAUGGGGAACCCAUCCAAGAUGGUGGCCGCGCUGAUACAUGAGCUCCAAUAGGCAGCGUCAGGCUUUGAUAUGUCUAUGUAUAUUAUGUCUGCUUCUAACCUUCACAGACUCUAUGAAUUGAUGUCCAUCUCCUAAAUAUUUGGUCACAUGAUCAAUUUCUUUUACCAUUUCCAAGCAAUAGGGGGUGGCUCAACUUACCCUUUGGCUCAACUUACCCCACUCUCCCCUACUGGGUUGCAAACUUAGACCUUAUCCUGCACUACAUGUUUAUCUUGCACAUAACUAGAGGGGGGUGGGGGUAUUUUUCCACCAUAAUUGUGAAGCAUAUUAUGUGGUCACUUUGUGCACAAAUGAUCUGCUGUUUGGGUUUUUACUGCAUAACAGGAGUCAUUGACCUCUGCUCACAUUGCAGUUCACUUCAUUGCUGUUGGCCCCUGCAGGAAGACGGCUCAAGCGUGUGACUCGGUCUCAACAGGGCAACUACAGAAUCGCAAAGAAUACAGGCAUUGACUCCGCAGAAGAAGAAGAAGAAAAAAAGCGCUACGUCAUGGAAAGAAUGACGUCAGGUUUGAUUAGACGCCGAGGGAAGCGCCUCGUGAAGCCGAGGUGGACUUGAGACUGUCAGACAGUAGUGGAGGUUUUGGUGCCUACUUUUUACAGGUAGCAUCAUACGAUGAAGGAGAGGGGGGGUUGAAUAAUCCUGUUAUAAUAAAGCGACACUGGAGCAAAGAGGGAGUACGAGGGGAUCAUGACGUAACCGUUUCCAUAGGCGACUGAUAUGCUUGCUAAACCAAUGGGAAUCCACACCAGCGGUCCAUACCCAUCCUCCUUUUGACAUGCAUCACAUGUCCCCGGCGGUGUUGUGACAGAAAGGAGCUAGGUUGGUCGAGAUGAUUCCCCGCAACGUACUUCCGGGUUCGUCAAAGUCUGUAGCAGCAACUCUAGACCCUUUGUAAUUUGGUUGUAUGUUUCCUAAGAUUUGUCUGAUAUAAUUCAUACAUAUUUCACUGCUUUGACCAUUCUAAAAUUAAUAAAACUCCUGUUAGAAGAAAAAUUGAACUCAAGUUAAUAUCCAGAUAAUGACGUGUGCCAUCACCAUAAUAACGUGCUUUUGCGUUAACACAGUUGCCAUUAUUUAUCAGCUGGUAAUUAUAUUGUUAUCGAUGUAGCACUUUACAAUAACCAUAAUUUAUAAAUGGUAAAUAGAUAGUUUAUUAAUGUUUAAUCAUCAUUUAAAAACGGCAUAUAGACCAAUCAUAAAUGGCAAAUAGAUAGUUUAUUAAUGUAAGUUAAUAGUUACUGUACCAUUAACAAGCAAUGAAACUAUGAUUAUUAAUGGACUGUUUAUUAAAGGUUUAUUAAGGGUUUAAAUGUUGGUUAAAACAUCUAGAUUAAAAUGUGUGUCAGUAGCACUUAGUAAAUGGUUAAUAUUUGGUUUUUAAACCAUCUAUAAACAUUACUUAGAUGGUUAUUGUAAAGUUAGAGCUAGGGUUGGGUUUUUAAAAUUGUUAAAAAAAAUUACAAUUUAGUAAUGGUCUAUAUGCUAUUUAUAAACGAUGAUAAAACACUAAUAAACUGUCUGCUUACCAUUUAUAAAUGCUCUAUUUACCAUUUAUAAGUUAUGGUUCAUGUAAAGUGUUACCAAAAUCAGCUGUGGUGAGAAGUCGUCGAUAAAUGGUGGUGCAAGACCAUAGACUGUAUAUGCUAUAUACACUAUAUAUAUAUAGUAUACUAUAAACAAUAUAUACCAUAUUCUAUAUACAGUCUAUGUGCAAGACUUAGUGAAAUAACUGCGCACAUGCGUGAUGUGGCUUUCGGCCAUGUGUUUCCUCAGGCCCCACUUUGCAGGCAACUAUCUUGUCAGCUCUGGAUGAAGACUUUGGUUGUGGUUGUGACAGCGCAGUGGGCGGGAUUUUACCUCAGAUCAGGGGAGAGAGUCUAGUCUUUGGUGAGACUGAGGGGGAGUUAUCGGGAGAAAGGGAUCUGGGGAGCUCUUCUGAGAACGGAGUAAGUAUUUUUGGUUAUAUUUCUGCACUGGCGCUCUUGAACACCCCAGGACUAGAGGUGUUGCCUUGCUUUUUACACAUUGCAUUAAAAAGCCUUAUUGGGGAGUCUCAUUUUUGUGUGCAGUGAUCAACGAGGGCCAGUCACCGGUGGAUAGCUGCCUUGGGUAGUUAGCUUUACAGCAAGCUAGCGUCGCUAAUGUUAUAUGUGGGAUACAUACUGACAUUGGGCGUCUCAAAGCAGGUAGCUAAUCAGCCAGGAUGCUGCCAGAUUUCCUUCGCUUCUCAUGAGCUUACUUACACUUUGUGAACCGCCCUGGGCAAAGUUUGUAGACUUGACAAUCUGUCGGAAGACGCUUUUGUGUAUUUUCCCCCUGUACAAUUAACAUAAGCUAACGCUGGGGAGCUAGUUGGCUAACAUUGAACGCUAGCCCGGAUCGGUGUGUUUUUUUAUGUUGGCUCCACGCGUCGCUGUCUCUCGUGGAUGGCAGUUUGACGUUCACGUAUUUGGGCAAACCGUUUGGAAACUUAGAAAUAGCGAUAGUGUCCUAAAAAGAGGAAGCAUCCCAUCUUACUCAACACAGAGAGCGUUAGACGAGCUGUCAUUCAGUCUAGUGUUUAAUGUAUAUCUCUUUUCAGUGAUUAGGAAGCAAACCUUAUCAGGGCGAUAACGUUAUUGUCAACCGGCUUGAAGGAAGCGUGGAGCCCUCGCUCUACGGAUAAUUUAGGCGCACCAAUAUGACUGAAACAGGUACAGCGGGUAAAUUUAAGUGUUUUCGUCGCAUUUGUAUUAAAAAAUGAGCAGGUAAACGUGUCAACUGAACCUAUAGGCAGUUACGCCCUGAAGCAACCAGCAACGUAUCUCCAUGCUAUCAAAGUUAAAACAGCUAUUCGUGGAAAUAUCAUUCAGCGGUGUUGUGUCAAAGUCUGCUCCCCUUUGGAUUUGUGUCAUUCGUUACCUCACCCUGAACCCCGCUGUUAUCUGUAAGGCAACCUAUCGAUGCCAAAACUAAUAUUUAACUUGCCAAUUUGAGGUGUGAGGUAUAUCAAGCUUUCAUCUUAACACGUAUGUGCGAGCUAUUCCGAGAAAGACGUCCGUUUUAAGCCGAACACGGCACCUGAAAUACGUACAGAAUGGCAACCCCUUUAAUAUAGCAUGUCGCUUUAAAUGACCAUGACAGUUACUUCAUAACGGAGCACGUCGUGUUUCCCAAGCUUCCCAGCUACUGCAAGUUGAUUAAGUGUAAAAAAUGUUACACACUUCACCUUGUUUGACAAUGCAUUGUGGCUUUGUACCCGCCAACAUUGCAUGCAAGUUUCCAGGUAGAUGUAGAGUGCGGUACAGCCACCACUGAGCACCUUUUGGUGUCUAGUUGAAGGGAUCACUCCUUAUCCAAUUAAACAGCACCCGCUUUGCUGCAGCGCCAGCAGUGUCUCCCUGAGAGUGUGUGUGUGUAAUGACUUGAGAUCCUACAGUGGAUUGCGAAUAAGGUUAUGGUGUUAUCCAAAUACAGUUGUAUACAGAAUAUAGCCUGACCUUUUACUUCAUGACUGCUACUCCACGCUACAAGGAGUGCCUUUGCAGUGUAGUUAUCUGUAGACACAUUACAUAAUAUAAUGUAGGCUAAGCAGUUCAAUUCUCUAGCAUUAGUCAGGCUACCUCGCAGUAGAGUUUAUACUGCAGUUGGUGAAAUUAAGCUUAGGCUCAGGUAUGUUUGUAUAUAGUUUUUAAGGUUUAACACUGAAUGAAUGAAAUCUUAAUAUAUAUAUUUAGAUCGGCAUAUAGACAUGCAGAAUUUGUUUAAUGAUUCACUCAAACCACCGGUAACACAAUCUGUGGCUGUGUCUGAGCCCUUUGAACUGAGACUGUUGCUGUCACUCAAGAAUGACAAAAAUAUCUUUUCUUAUUCCCUCCUAUACCGACUAACAGUAGUCCAAGGAUCCAGUUGUUGUAAUAACCUUACAGCAUCGCUUGACUUCUUGCUGGUUUGUCUGUGUUUUCCAAUUUUGCAUUUGGAGACCAACAUCCGUUCAAGACUACACCUCCAGCUUUUCAUCCUUAAUGCAUUUCAUAUGAAGUUAAUUGACCACACAGGGGAGUGGGAGCAAGAGCAGUAUUCUCCUAAUCCAGCAUUAUAGCUUGCUGUUAAAGUAAGUGCUGUUUUCGUCUCAUGGCCCGGGAGUCUUUAGUAGUCACAUAGCGAUAGUCACUGCAAAGUAAUGCAGCAUACUGAGUGCACUUUCUUCCAGGCAGUUAUCGCCUGUCAAGUCUGCCUCUUAACUCAUACCAGAAGAGUCUCCUCUACAGCUGCUUUAUAUGUCCGCUGAUUUCAUUGUCAUGCUCUGUAUCUGUGCCAUUUACAAGCACAGCCUAAAAAAUGAACACCAGCAUUUGUCCCGAGCUCAGUGUGUGUUCCUCUAUUGCAUUUUUGUUACUAUUUGGAAGAGCAAGCCAGUGUGGGUCAGUAAUCUAAGGUGACAUUGAGCCUCAUGAACACUGACAUGGAAAGCUAAAUAUAGUCUGUUUUUACCGUUAACUACAAUGUGUUUAUGGUACUAUUCAGUGACAGAAGAUGAGGUUUUGACUAUCUUUCUUUCAUCCCGGUCUUAAAAGACUAAGGUUAAUCCAAACACUGGUGUUGUGUUACACCAGGUUUAAAUGAUUCAUUACUGUGUAUUCAUGAAAGCAACAUCAAUGAAAGGUAAAGGUAGAAAGUCAGUGCAGCCCAGUAAUAUAAAAUAUGUUGUGUGUUAUGUAAGGAUGUUGAUCACAAAGUAAUAUUGUGUUAAUUGGAAAAAUGAGGGUACUGAAAGCAUAUUGAACUGUUUGUGCUCAAAGGAUUUACUGAAUUUAGGCCACUAAAUGUUGAUGUCAUUAUAGUUACUGAUCUGCAGGACUGUAAGGAAGUUAUUCAAAGCAAAGAUGGGAUUUUGUUUUAUCAUUAAAUAACAAUAAUUACUGUUUUAUGAGGUUAUGGCAGGUUCUUGACCACAGCACUUAUCAGGAUGUCUGAUUUACAGUCUAAUUCUUCUGCAGUCAGAAAGAAAUGUGAGAAAUGGACCAAAACUUUGCAGGUUAAGACACACAAACAGUCAUGAAAUGCUGUACAUAACUGCAUUACUCAGUACAUUGAAAAAUGUUCACAUAGCAGUAUUGUCCUAUCCUGACUAGAAUGCAUGUCAAAUAUUAUAAAACAUGAUUUCUCUUACGACAAAAUCAAAUCUAAAAUGUGUCUGUUUUGUCUUUUAAUCAUCAAAUUGAACAAUCGCUGUAAAAUUAGACCGUCUUUAGCAUGCUGUGGAUUGUCUUGCCUGACACCUACCCCUUUACAGCGACAGAAGCAUAAAAAACUACCACACAGAAACAGUCCUUUUUCUCAGUGAUGGUUUGGAUUGCUAUUGUAGGUCAUAAAAAGGCAUCAGUAUUAAUUUCAGACUGUUUUACCUUAAUUUAAAAAAAAAAAAAAAAACUCCUCAUGGUAGCUUUAACGUUAUUAUAUAAUUGUUACUUGAGGGAGAUUAAGAGGUUUGAAUUUAAAAAUUUGGCAGAACUAAUGGUAAAAACUUUGAUCCUGCCCACAAAAAUAACCCUGGAGCACACACUGUAAAAUAUCACAAAUUAGUCAUGAAGAAACAGGAAGGCCUAACUAUGCUACAUAUUAAUCUCCCAGGCAUUUAUGACUUUGGCAAGAGCCUUUUUUGUUUUUGGCGGUUCUGAAAAGCUGGUGGGUUUCAGGACUUAAAAUGCAAAGAUAUUUUUGUAUGGCAGAAUCAGCUGUUCUCAUAACAGUUCUUAAUUAAACUGUGUAACCAUCACUGGGAACAUGGCACAAACUGCAUUGGGGUAGCAUAGAGAUUUACCUAACUGUAUCUAACGUCCAACUUGUUACCUGUUAUACUCAUCUAAAGAAAUCCAGGAGCAGAUUUUUGUUAGGCCAUCUGGUGAUCAUAUCAUUACAGUGCGGUAAUGGAGUUUGACUGACAGAGAAAGCACAGGUGUUGAGGUUAAAACCUGACACAAAGAAUGGAUAGCUUCUACGAUUUCUCCAUUCUCUAUAGGCUAACUUCCUCAGAUGCAAAAGGGAAACGAGCCCUCGCUAGCAGAGGCCUUGAGUCUGACUUUACAUCCACUUCUUUAUUCUGUCAGUCAAUGCCAGCAUUGUGUACAUACUGUAUAUACUGCCUUUCACAUAUUGCAUCCCCUGCUCCAGGUCUUGUUGAAAUGAGUUUAAUGCUGAACAUUAGUGUGUCCUGAAAUGGGGAACAGUAAAGACAGCAAGGUCAGACUGUGGCAGCGAAUGGCAGGGCGGCAGGACCUCAGGCCACAGAGCUGCUAUGUAGGAUCAGACAUGACAAAGAACACAGAGAGCGUCUCAUCUUCAAAGUGGCUCGAUGAAAGAUACUCCAUUUUGGAAUAUUUUCCAUCCUAUGGACAUGAAGGACUCUGUAAUGGCAAAAUAAAAGCAUGGCUCCAGGCUCUCUUUCCUGUGAAGGAAAAAGAUUGUAACAUGUGCUCAGUGAGAGGAGACCAGUCUGCAGCACUGAUAUAACUAAGGCUGGAAUAUUACUGCCAUCUUUCUCUAAAUUUGCUCCUGAAGAAGCAUUUUUGCUGGUGUCACUCAUUAAUAAACCAUACCAACAGGAUUUCAGGACUACGAAAUUGCUGAGCAAAUGAGAAGAAAAUGAUUUUCCCGCAUGUACUCUCACCAGACAGAAUGGUUGUAAGGCAUACUGAUGUGAAAUAACGGAAGAACAAACUCUGUGUGACUGCUUUCAUGAUGCAUUCAUUGAUGAGGUUUGCUAAGUUAUUGAUGAAACACGGGUUCUCAUCUUGCUUCAGGUUAUGUUGAAACCCCACAAGUGAUCUUUCCAGUUGUAUAUGUUAAUUUUGACACUGUCAUAGUCUAAAAAACCUAGUUAAUAGGAACAACAUUGUUUCCUUCAGUUAGCUGUGCGAAAUUUCAUGUUUUCUUGGCAAUUUGAGGUGGUGGACUCUUAUUCUUUUAUGCUUUCAGGCCAGCAUAUGCUCUUGUUGCGUUGAUGAAUUUAAGCAUUUAUAAAGAAAGCUGUUUUGAAGAUUGUCUCACCUACCCAAAUCAAAGAGAGUAAUUGUGCCAUGUAUCAAGAAAAUCACACCUUUUCUUGUGUACAUAACAAAUAAAUGAAUCAUCCCUGGUUAAUUUCCACACCUGAGAUACAGAUCAAAAAGAUAAAGGCUUACUUUCAUUGUAGACACCAUCACGCACCCCUACAUGGUGUCAUAAGAGCUGAGGAAGAAAAGCGUGUUGAUGGUGACACCUCUGCCUGUGACUACAUAUGAAUUGGCAGCCUGACAGUGUUGGAGAGCCGUGUAGAGGUUCCAGUGUGCGGGGUGAAGUAGUGCACUUAGCUGCGAGCCAUGCAGCACACAAGGAGGGCUGGGUGCCUUUGCUUUGUACCCUCCACAUUUACAUGGCCUGACCCAGUUCAGCAACGGCUAGCGGUGGGGGGAGGGGACAGUCUGGGGGAAGCUAAAAAUACCAACCCCUCGCAUUAGGCAGCUCUAUUGCAGAGGGAUCCCUAGAAUUGCCAUCCCUGACUUGCAUCGAGUUGUUGGCACGUAGGGGUGUACAAACUGCCAGAGGGUUUCCGUAGCGUGGAAACAAAGAUGAAGAAGAUGAGUAUAAUUCUGAGAUGGUCAUCGCGGUUUUCCUCUUCUUGUUUCUGCUCCUGCAUCACCUAGAAACUACGAAUAUUGUUGCGCAUGUGAUGCCUGCAUCAGCCUGAAAUAGCUCGGGCUGUAGAGAUACUUCCUCGGCCUGUGUGUAGAAAUUGACGUAAUUCCAUCAUGCUGAGCUGUGGAUUUUUGCCGUUGUGGUGAGGAAGGGGUUAAGUCCAGCCUCUGUCAUUCAACCAUACCAUGCCAGCUGUUGGCUUUGAGAUCCAAUCACAAUGAUUUUCCACUGUUGUGACAUGUGACCUGCUCCGCAACCCGAAACUGUCGCAGCACUGCAAAUGUUGGCACUUCCUUGGUCUUGGCGCUGUGGUGGCUGCUCGUGGGGUGAGGGGUGUGCGAGUGUGGGGUGAGGGCUCAUGGUGUUAGGCGUUGCGACAGGGAAAUGGAGAGGGCACAAAAUUGCAUGCUGUUCUCUAAACAGCACGUGUGAUCUGCCCAUGUGGUGUAUUCAUAUACGUACGUCUCAAAGAUGAGUCAUUCAGAGACCGUAUUCUCAUUUCAAAAUGUGCACAGUAAGUGGCAUUUUACCAGUUUCCUGGAAUAGAGUUUCCUUUCUCUAAGAAUUUGUGAAAUAUGAAGGCAGAGGAAAUUUGAAAACACUUAAUCGUAAAUUGAAUUUAAAGGGGAAGAUGUGUACAGUUUUGAUGAUUUUUGUGUGUUUGAUUUCAUAUCCAUAGCUAAAGAAAAAAUACAUUUACAGUCAUCAUUCUUAAGUAAAGACAUACUGUACCAUUAAAAAACAAAAUAUUUAACAAUUUGGGUAUCUGCUUUAAAGUCCCAAGACUUAACUUAAAGUCUAAUCUUCUUAUUGUAAGUUAAAGCUACAAUGAGGAGUUUUUAGCUGUUAAUGGAACAGACUUAAAAUUGUUUUGAUGCUUCUUCAUGGGCAAGCAAACAAGACCAUGGCGAACAAGACUGAUUUUGUCUGUGUAGUUUUUACAGUAGGUCUUAAAAUGCUGUCACAGGGUAGGUGUGCUAAACUGACAGCCGAUAACAUAAAGGAUUUAGGAAGAGUUUUUCUUUGUGAAAUAGAACUUACAUGUACAUACACGUAUAGAAAUAAAUAGAAAAGAGAUAACACAGCCCAUCUUGUCAAGAAGGGGCGACAAAAUCAACCCAACCCAAUAAUUCUUCACAUGAGAUUUAAAGCUACUGUGGGGAAAAUUUGACAGGGUAUGAUGCAGACCAAAGUUGACAAAGAUGCCUAUUUAGAUGAAGUAUUUGUCAGAAAAAAUCGGUUAUAUGUGCAUGGAAGGAGAUCAGCAAAAAGGUUUCACUUUUCUACAUGGGGUGCAAAAAUCAACACGAACUAAAAAUUCCUUACUGGAGCUUUAAUACGGCACCAAUACCUGUCAGUUAUCUGUUAUUUGCAAUCAGUGUUUUCUCAUAGGUUAGGAUUCCUUGAGUUCCCUCAGACAGUGGCUUCAACAAUUAAAGCCGUGUUAAAUCUAUGGUUGGUGGUGUCCAGAUUUAAGUAGGUUAUUUUGUACUUUUGAUGUUACAGAUAUUUUUUUUAUCUUUAAAUGGUGCAUGGAGGUUGCAGUAGGCCAGACUUGUUUCAUGAUUUGAUGACAGCUUUAAGAUGUCAUUUAUCAUGAUGCAAAUAUGUCUAACUUGUCUGCUAAUGGUCACAGAGAUGUGCUGGGAGAGGUAUGACUUUCCUUCAUGGAUCUGACUCUGGCUACAAACCACAAACCUUAGACAUCAUCGCAGGACUGAGUCUGUCAAUCCUGUUUAGACCUAAAGAAAAGACCCCUUUCUAGUCUAGUAAUUAUAAUUUUCAUAUAAUAGUAAUAGAUAGAUAUACAAGAUAUCAAGAACUGGCUUCAGCUGGAGCUUAUAAGUUUGUUAUAUUCACGGAUUUGAUAAGGCACAAGAAUUUAAAUCUUGCUUUUCAGUUCAACACUAACCCUAGUCAAAAUUGGAUCCCUAACCCCUGUAUGGGUGACUACAUGGGGGUUAGCGCCAUUUUGAGGGGUGUCCGAAACCCCAGUUAUCAAUUCUAGUGCCCCAUAUAGGCGACUCAAAAUUUCCCAUAACGCAUUGCAAAAUGUAGCGACCAUCCGAUGGUCACUCAACGGGGGCGGGCAUCCCGUCAUGCAUUGCGUCUUGCCAUGUAGUGUCCGAAACCUCCGGUAAUUGAGUUCACUACAUAGUCAACUAUAUAGUAAAACCCCAUAUGGGGGUUAGGGGUUAGGGAUUGAGUGAUUCAUUUGGGACACAGCCUUAGCUUCAGUCUCAGGUGCAAGGCUAACCAUUGACUGUAUGUAGACUGCACAGUGUAAUUUAUAAUUUGAUAUACCAUGAUUUUCAGCUUCAUGGAAGUAUUGUUAAGAGUUGAAAACAGACAGCAGACAUUUCUGAAUUUGAAAAAAGACAACAUUUGCCAUUUAGUGAUGCCUCCUUCUAUGACAGAGACCUUUACAGUAAGAGUAGUAUGACAGGUACAUUCUCAGCACCCCUGCUAAGAGAGAGCACCCUACUACCCCUCUCUGUAUGAGUGCAGAAAGUGUUCCCUGCAGUGAUUAAGGGCAAGUUGAACCAGGUCAAAGUGGAGGAACGUCUCUGCAGUGGCAAGAUUUGUGCUGCAAAGUACUCACUGCCAUUGAGUGUUUACAUAACAACCAUGUGUUGAUAGUGUGUUGUGUUUGUAACAUGUUUUUGUGACAUUUUUAGUCAAGAAAGUGUCAUUUUUAUUUUCAUAAAUGAAGGAAAUAGAAAAAUUUGUGUCAAAGUUGAUGCUUCAUUUUUUUAGAGAUUAAAUAUUCCAAUGAUAAAAUUUGGCACAUAUUUGUUUAGUGAAUAUUUGCUUUUAUUUUACUCUCCAAAAAUAAUGGAAUUGGAAUCACUGGUGGGAUCUAGAGCCAGAGUCUGGAUAGGUAAAACUGAAAUGGUACUCAGCCCUACUCAGUCCAAAUGUUCUGUCAGGAGAAGAUGUCCAAAAGUAUCCUCUCCUCUCUAAGGGGAUUUCAGUGAUCUCUCCCACCUCAGUAACACACCCGGCCCUGCAAUUAUGCUGUGUAAUAAAUAAUGAAUCCUGUCCCGUUUUCCAUGGCAGAUGGCUCCAAAUAGAAUCUCGACAUGUGACAGAAUAGUUUCCAAGAAUCUCAAUGGAAUAAGCUGCGAGCAUUCAUUCGUACAUUUUCUCUCCUUCUGCAUCUGCGUCCCAGUUUAAAGUUGUGACACAUUUUGACUUUUGGAUGUUUGAGUUCGGAGUAUGCAUGUUUGAAAUCCUGUUUAGUUUAAAGACAGAAAAAUGGUGUUCUCUUUAGCCUGUUUUGGUUUCUGUUAUAGCCAGAAAGAGAUUAAAUCCUCCCCCAGCUGAGAGAUAAAUGCCGCAUUUUUUCCAGGCCUGGAAUAACAUCCCUGUCUGUCUGUCUGUGUGCGCUGGUGCCUUUCUUUAUUGAUCCAUCCGACCUCCCCCAGGGCUUUCCAACAGAAACUACUGUAUAUUUCAUUAAACUGUCUCAGCCUAAAAAAAAAAAAAUCCCCUUCUAUCUAUAUUUAUCUUUCCAAAAAGUAUCCAGUUUUCCCCUUGAGGGUUGAAGAAAUUCAUCAAACCCUCCUUAAACAGAUUAACACCUCCUGCUCCUCAGCCCUUUGUAACUCUGCUGUAAAGUCGCACUAAGAUAAAUUCCCUAUCAACUUGUUCGACAUGAAUGAAUCAGCGUCAUUGUGUUGAGCUGAUUAAAGCUGAAUGGACGGCGGCCUCUCAUUAGAAUGGACUCUCCUCUCCCAUGUAGAGCACCAUGGAGCUCCCUGAUGCCACAGAUAGUCUUAAUUAGAUUAAACAGAAGGCUUUUCCUGAGGUAAUCAGUCACCGGCUCCCUGCUACACCGCACUACCCCAUUGGUUCCACUGCAGGGAGGCUACCGGUUUUCUCCUCCCUCAAUGACAGACCUACUGUAUGUUGUUUGAACACAGCAGGGGUCUAUGAUACACUCUCAUGGAUCUCGUGAUAAAAGGAGAAGGCUCAGAUGCUUUAUUCAACACCUAGUUGUACAUGGAGGGCUUCCUGCCUUUUUAGCAGUCAGAUCUGCCUCGUAGAGUUUAAACAGAUCACUCAUUGUCACUAGAGGACUAAAGAGAGUAAUCUCGACUUCAUGUUUAAUCAAUUUCUUCAAAGAUCAUCACUAACCUCUGUGUCUUUUCACUGGAGUGAGAGAUUCUUGAGUUGGUGUAGAUGAGGACAGAGAUUACUUAGCAACAUAAGCUAACAGUUUAGGUAUGUAACAUGCUACAUGAGCUGGAUUAUUUAAAGCUUGAGCUCACCGUUAAGUCAUUUGCAUUGUAUUUAAAGCAUUUGUGUAAUUUUCCAGGGUCUGUAUACACACAUAAGGUUAGAAAUUGAUCCAUAUGCAGUCGUUUGAAAGAGCCAAGUAAAACAGUUUCCUUGUUGUAUUUGAGGGACUUGAUGUAAAUGGUCUUAUUCUUUUAAAAGGGCCUUGAUCAUUUUAAGGUCACUCAGCUGAUUAUACUUGAUAAUAUCUGCAAAUACUGAAUCAUUGCCAAAAGAAGGAAAAGCAAACAGCUGUGUUAUGCUAUUGUAAAACUUGUAACUCAGGGCCUGGUUCCACCGCUUGCAUUUUUCUGUGUAAAGUGCCCUGAAAAGCACCCACAGCAUCAGCUAUCUGCACCUUGGCUCUAUGUUCCCAUGUAAGCUAAACUUUAGGUGCUUGAAAAUAGAGGCUUUGGGAAGCACCUUUCAAGGUUGAGGUUUUUUGUCUGUAUUCCCGAAGACAGCAAUAAUUAAGUUUUGGGGGAAUCCUCAUUUCCUCGACUUGUGCAUGGAAAUUGUUGUUUAUUUGUAUUCCAAGAGAACCUUUCUUAAUCUCCUCAUUAUACCGCUGCCCAUAGGCAAAUAACAUGUCACUCAAUGCUUUUUAAUUUGCGUCCCCGUGCACUAUUCAGAGAACUGUUUACAGUUGCACUUCUCUCAUGAGCAUGCUCAGUAUGCAUGUGUACAUUGUUCCUCUGUGUGGUUAGCAUGGCAGUUAAAUGACACUUUAUGGUCACCUAGUGGUUUGGCGUGCCUCUGUGGGCUUUUUCAACCAUUUCAGUAUUGCCAUGUUGUCAGAGAAAGGAUUAUAUUUUAAUACAGAGAAAAAAACUAUUUCCAAAACAUCUUUUUACCUGUGGAAGUAGCCUCAGUUAAAGAUAGUUGGACCCUUUGAACAUUGACACACCUGUUAAUCGUUCUUUAUCACCAAUUAAUCACAAUCAAGGUCAGAUGGAGCCGACAGCGUCAUUUUUCAAGGUUAAGCUUCUGUUAAUGCCAGGACAGAUUCCUUUACAACAGUCUUGCAUCUUUUUUUGUGAAUAAAAGUAGCUAUUAAGUGCACAACAUUUACUUGACGUUCCUGAGCAUGGUAAGCAAUAAGUUUGAUACACUAGCAACAUUAAGUAUGGAGUGGUACCUUUCUGAAAAUCAAGGUUGCACAGGCCCUUACAUGCCUUGUAAUUAUCCCCUCGAUUUUCAGUGUUUGUAACAGCCUCCAACUUCUUUGCUUUUUUGUACAAGUACGAUAAUUUGGUUGCUCUGUUAUUGAAAUUGAGAUGCUCUGUGAAUCCAUGUCAUUCGGUCGUUCGAUUUUCAAAAUAAAACCAAAAAUGAAAAAACAAGAAAACGAUUCAUUUUCCAAAUAUUCGUCUCUUAAAUAAAAAUGAAAAAACGGAUCACGGCUCAUUUUCCGUAUCAGACACACAGCUUUUGCCAUCCUGAAAACAGUGCUGUGUGAGCUCUGAAUAAUUCUCGAGUCCAGCCGUGAUGCCAAAGCCCGUUUCUUGUUCUCUUGAUGUCUGAGUAAGGUUCACACAAAACUUUCUGUAGACGAAAAAUUGUAAACCAGAUAAAACUGUCGGUAUGUAUCCCAUUUUCAUUUGAGCAGAAAGAAAAUGAAAAACCGGAAAAUGAGCCAUUAUCUGUUUUUUCAUUUUCGUUAAAGAGAUGAAUUUUUAGAAAACAAUUAGUUUUUCUAGUUUUUUAAUUUUUGGUUUUAUUUUGAAAAUCGAUACACAGAUUUCUGUGUUGUGUCUCAACCAUAUUUGACAGAAGAAACCUUACUUUGUAGAAAACAAAAACUUCAAAACAAAAUGAGAAUACAAUCAUUGUGUCUCCUGAACAUGCCUUUACCAGGCGUCUUUCUGGUAAUAACAGUUUCAUAACGGACAGAAAAAAAGGUAGACACGUCACCGUCAGCCACACGGUUAUAAUCACAAAAACUACAGUAAAAAUGUCCAAAAUCAGGGACAACGGUUCAGCUCAGCUGGUGGAGCAAGAGUAGGUUUGACUCUCAGCCUGUCUCUCGUCAGCUUUCCCGUCUAAUAAAAGUAUAAGGUUUGAAAAUAACUUUUAAAAAGGAUUGCUAUCAUUGUUUUACUUUGUGGUUAUUACUGCCACUGCAAUUUAAAAACUAAUUCUAAAUAAACUUGACAGUCCAUUUUCCGUUACACACCCAAAGCAAAUAAAACCAACCUGAGUGAGUCAAUUCAGACCCAUCAAAUAAAGGCAAGGAGCAGGAGGAGGAAUAGGAGGAGGAGGAGGUGUAGGCUACUGCGAGCCCUUUGCUGUACAGCAGCUGCUGUAACUUUGUAUUAAUAGUAGAUGAACAUAGCAGACAGGAAAGCUCUACCUUUUAAACUGUCUGUACAGGAAAAACCCUGAGAGCAGCUCUGAGCAGAGUGAUCUCUGAAUGCUAAUGUCCCACUCUCCUCACACACUCUGACCACAAAGCAGAGUGGCAGAGUGCACAUUACUUGACAAGUGUUUUUGUCCAGAUGACAAAAUUAUUAUUAUUUUAUUACAUCUCAAGUGCAGCUAAUCAAACAUCUCUUGGCAGGAACUGUAGGCAGUUUCGCUAAUUACCGAGCCGCUCAUCUCGGCAGCUGGAGUGGUUUUGUCCAAGGGUUUCCAUGUUUUCCUUUUGUGCAGCAGUAAAAUGUUUCGACUUAAGUGUGGUUGUUUGUGUUUUUUAACUGUAGUGUGAAAGAAACAGGAUAAACAUUGUUUUCAAAUGGGAACACUGCCCAAGGGAAACGAAUGAAAAGAUGAUAUUGCAGUGAAAAAAUGAAGUAUAGACUCGGCUUGUUCCUGAUAGAAGCAAAGUACAGAACGAUGAUUGAAAACAGUGUUAAAAAUACUAAUUUCUGCAAAAAAAUCUAUAUUUUAGUGCUCAUCAAAAAUAACUAGCUUGUGUAUGUAAUUCUGCUUGAACUUAAAAAAAAAUCAUCCCUCAGCUUCUUUCCAUCGCCACCUCACAUCCCGCUGAUAUCCUCUCUGGUGAUUCUGCAGCUGUCGCCUUUUCUCCCCCUGGUGUAUAACCUUUUAGCAAAUCUAAGAUGACAUGAUUCAGCCCUUGAUAGUGUCACUAAUUUCCCUGCUCUUCUUUUUCAGAUCUGCAUGCAUGGUGAUCUCCACAUCUGUGGGUGAUCCUCAGUCACCAUGAAAGACUAGGAACUCAGCUCUCCGAGGGAAAUGGCCUGUUUUGUAAUACCCCUGCCCUGUUACCAGGCACAUGACUUCAGCCGCCUCUGAAGGGCCCGUCAGCUGUUUUAUGGGAACUACCACUGCGUUUGCAUCCUUGAGGAUUUAAGCUUUUCCAGGAACACACUUUUUUUUUUUUCUUGUUGUUGUUUUACCCCCGCCGUUGAGCCAAAGCAGAGAGUGGGGAGGCGGCAAGACAAUGGCGAACAACUCGUACAGUGGGGUGAAGAACUCCAUGAUGGAGGCCAACCAUGAUGGAGAGUUUGGCUGCACGCUCAAAGAACUGCGCUCCCUGAUGGAACUGAGAGGAGCGGAGGCGCUUAGCAAAAUUGGGGAAUCUUAUGAGGAUACUCAAGGACUCUGCAACCGGUUAAAAACAUCACCUAUAGAGGGUAAUACUUCCUCUACACUAAGCAUGAUUAAUGGAUCAAAUACAGGAUGUUAUCUAAACUCUGCUAGUAGCCAGUGCUGCUGGAAUGCUAAUGUGCUGCAUAGUUUAGGAGGCGUGUCAUUGGCUCUGUCAUCCACAUUGUGGAUACCUUGACAUCACUUCCUUGGAAAACUCAUAUGCCAGACAGGUGGCCGGGCAGGCUGGCUCUGACCUGGGCCAGUCCUGCUCUAUUUCUAGGCCUGUGGAUACGUCCCUCUCACCCUCUCUCUCUCUCUCUCUCUCUCUCUCUCUCUCUCUCUCUCUUUUCACCUCUGUGUCUCUGUGUGUGUGCACGUCUCUGUGUGUAGGCUUCAGACAGACCAGCUGUCUGCCUGGGCACAGCACCAGGCUGCAGGCAGGUCAACGUCCCACAUGUGGCGGACUAAACAGGAGGCUGGGUAGUAAUGACUUGAACAUGUUAGGGAAGGAGUGAGUUCAUCUUUUGAAUGUCUCCUCUGUUUGUUACUCCUAAACUCAGCACACAAAGAUUAUUUCGCGAUGCUGGGAGCUCUGAGGAAAAAUGGCCAGUCACAGGCUGCAGUCGAACCCCACUUGUGCAGAGGUGGUCCAGAGGUCCCUCUUUUUGUUUUGUUUUUUUUUGCCGUUUUCUACCACUCUAUUUUCCCUCUGUCUCGGUUUGUCUCUCUAUAGACAGUCGGCCUAAUCGCCAGCAUGACCUUGACUGAACUCUUAUGGGAGGGGAUUUUCAGUUUGAUCCCAGAUUAAAACGGCACCGCACAUUCACUGCGGCAGCAACAGUCCUCUAUUCACCGUCUCAAAAGCAAGGAAACAAAUUUCCUGGGCUAUAUCAGACCAAGAGGAAUGCAAUAAAUACCAAAUGAUAGAGCAACACAAAACAUCUCAGGCUAUCAGUACCUCACUGUUUAAUUUUUGACCUUUCAUUUAUCGACUGCACAGCGUACAUGCACUCUCUCUCUCUCUCUCUCUGCUUUCACUUGUUGUUGCGGAGGCUAGAAGGCUAUUGUCUGGGGCUGAGGACAAAUUGCUGAAUAGGAAUUUGCCUGUUGAAAGAGAGCGUGAGUUGUCCAAACAUGCAUGUAGCUGUGUCAGGUGGGUGAACAUGGAGUCCUGUCAUAUUUGUAGAGUGAGUGACAUUCACUGUUUCACAAGUGCACUCGUCCUACCCACGUAACUACGAUGCACUCUGCUACAAAAGAAGCGGGAUAGUUUAAUCCUGCUUGCAUUUUUUGCACUUUUGGGACAAUAUUGAUUAAUCUGUAGGUGUGUAAAGUGGGUAAAAAGUAGAAAUAACUGUGUCCUAAAUGUGAAUUUAUCACAAACCUAUGCUUUAGCUGUAUACAGCUUGAGUUCUGCAGCCUGUUUUUAACUGAUUUCAGGUCAUAAAUCGGGUUUUAAGAACGGGAAAAGACUUAGUUGUGUCUGUGUUCCAAUUGCAAACAUAUCUUUUACACUUUAGCCAGCUGCCCAACAAAACAAAACCUGCCUUUUCCAAAAUGUUCCAAAUAUUAGCCGCAUUUAUUUGUAACUGUACCGUGCUGAUAAGCUCGAACAGAUCCUGGUUUUGUUUCCCCCCCUCGCAGCAGGUUGCUGUUCCACUUGGUCGGCGGCCACUCAGCUUUUUUCUUUUCCACUUCCACUUUCAAUCAGCUCAUUCCUCAUUGGCUUGGGAAAUUAAGCCAUCAUUUAAGAUUACAGGAGCUUGACAAUUGAAAAGGGAUUUCUAAUUAGUUGGUUGGCCAUUUCUGGAACCUCUUAAGCCAAUCCUCGGCUAAUCCCCCCACGUUUUCAAGCGCUUUUUCCUCACCCAAAGAAGUUCCACUGAACUUCUGUGUUGCAGCUGUGCUCGGAUGUACCACUCCACGUCAACUAAUUUUUCAGCUUGGAUUAGGCUAAAUAUAAUUUAUGCUGCUGGUUCUGUUCUACCACUCAAGGCUGGCUGUUUUUGAGAUCAGUUAGAUUGCAAUUCAUGGUGAUGUGAUUCAAAUUGAAUUUGCUAAUUAACACACUAAUGCUUUGAGUUGGAAAAUUAUGCACUUUCAACAAUAGGCUUUCUAAAGUGUAACAAUGAGUGCAGCCAAAGUCUUAUUCAAAUAUUACAUUUGUCUGUUUGACAAACCAUUAACCUGUCACAGUGCUGUGUUGUAGCUGAAUGAGGGUGAAGUCAGAGUGGCAAAAAUCGCAGAACAUUUCAACCCCGUAUGGAUGAUAUUUCCUCCAACACAUCAGCCCGCUGCUAUUUUUUGUGAUGUACUUCCUAAACAAACCCGUUUCCAUAGUGAUGAGGAUCCUCUUGUGUGGUGGAGAGUGGUGGUUUACUCAUACCUGAAGGUUGUACAGUUGGCUCAGUGUCUUUUUUCCGAUGCAGAACCACUUUGCAUGCAAACUUGUAUUUUUCUAUUCUCCACUAAGUCUCAGUCUCAAUCAGUCUCUGUUCAUUUGGAGUUGUCAGGCUCAGUUUAGUAACUGGAAGGAUACAUUUAAAGAGGAACUCCCCGUUUCAAACACACCAAACCAGUCCACUCAUUUUGGAAAGUUGUACUCGGCCUGUGAAAACACUAGUGCUCUGUCAUCUGUGGUUCUUGUAACUGAUGACUGGGACUCAGAGAUGACACAUAGAAACUGUAAGUCUGCAUGUCACGCUUGGAGUAAUGAGCUUGAAACCAUGAAGUUUCACAAAGAUAUCAGAUGCUGGCAGGACACGUCUUGACAUCUUAAAUUUGUUCAUAGGAUAGUCUAGUAAAAAUGAGGUAUCUCCAAAACAGAAUUACAGACUCUAGGUUAGAAUAACUAGACCCCUGACCCAAAUGCUAACACAGAAAUAAAGCCCAUAUCACAUUUGACUUUGUCAUAAAGAGGCCAAUUUUUUUUACCCCAGCAGCAAAUGACUUCUAUAUUAGUUUUUUCUUCAUCCAUUUUCUUAAUUUUCAAGCACAAUUUUUAAAAACUAUGGUAGUCUCAAAAAAGACAAACGUAUUUGGGUACAGCCACAAGAGUCUCUGUUUACCAAGCCAGUGUACAGUAGCCCUGUGUAAGUAGGGAUGUCCUGAUUGGCUAUUGAUAUCGGAUAUCGGUCCGAUAUCAGCAAAAAAAUCUACAGUUGGGUCUUGAUAAUUCAUCAAACAAUGAGCGUGGUCUGGACCUGCUCUUGUUCUUUAAAAAGCGUCUUGGGAUGACGACUGUUGUGAAUUGGCGCUAUGUAAAUAAAAUUUGAUUGAUUGAAAAAAAUGAAUAUAGGAUUAUAUCGGCUGCAUCAAAGUAGCAAGAAGUAGGAGAGAUGUGGCUGUAUUUUAAGUCUAAUUCCGAAAGAUGUUGCUGAUGAAUGCAAAACUUGUCAUGCACAAGUUUGUGCUAAUAUCAGAUCGAUAUCGGUAUUGGCCAAUACUGAAGGCUACAAUAUCGUUAUCGUAUCGGAAGUAAAAAAGGUGUAUUGGGCACAUGGGACACCCCUAUGUGUUAGACUGCUUUAUGUGAUUGUUGAACUUAAAUGUCAAUCUGAUGGGUAAAGUUACCUUAUGUUUACCAGCUACGAAGUGUUUAAAUAGAAGGCGAUUAUUUUGCACUUAUUAGAGGCUCAAAAAAGAUGCAUACUUUUUGGGGAUAACUGACACAAGACACCUUCACACACAAAAAGCGGAAAGCUGUCCCUGGCAGACUCUCUUUGGCGUGAAGGGAAGAACUGCUGCUGUGUGGGUUACUCCUGUUUUAUAGCCCUGCUCGAUGAGUCAGGACAUCUGAGCCUCUGUUCUACCAGUUGUGACCAUUCUUGUUGCUUUGAAUCUGUCUCUCAUGAGUCCUCCAGCUGUUUGUAAAAGAAAUGUUAAGUCACAGGAGGAUCGUAAUGACAAAAUUCCCAUCUUUUAGCACAUUUUCUCAGCAGUGAAUAUCGCAGCCAUGGGUCAUUGUAUUGUGCUCCGCAAAGUGUAUCCAGAUGUCGACACUCGUGUUUAAAGAUGUUCUUCUGGGCCCCGUUGUUGAUGCUUGAAGAUGCAGGGAUAAUGUUUGCUGAAAUCACACUGAAGUAUCAAUAUUUUCAGCUGGCUCUGCAAACGCAGCAGCAUUUCUUUAAUAUCCCAUGGCAUGCUCUAUUUCCUCUGCAUAAUAAGACCUAUCAAAUGGCCACUUCACAUCAAUAUUAUUGACGGUAUCCCCCUACUUUUCACAGCCAUCCCCUGUUGAUUGCUAUUUUAGUGUAGUCAAAUAUUUGGGUUGCAGCCUAUUGAUCUGAUCGGCGCGGGGCUGAGAGGCUUGCACAAUUGAACCACAUUUCACAGAGGCUGACAGGCUCUGUGGAUCCGUGAUGCCAGACACCACACCCCCUCAUUCAACAGGGAGGUUCAGGCUGCGAAAUGAUAGUUUACUCUUUUGUUAUUCAGAGGGACCGGAUAAUUUGUCUGCGUGUCUGAAUGCAGAGCGCUAAACGCUGUUGACAAGUCCUGUCUUUCAUCUUCUCAGAGGCCUAGUUCGGUUCUGUCAUUCUCAUCAUUUAAAACUGAAUUUCAUACAGUGGUGUUUUUUGUACAAACAUGUCACACAUGUGGUUUCAGCUUAGACAUGUGGCUUUUUUUUUUUUUUUGCUUUUUCUUUUUUUGGGUCAGACUGUUUGAUUGAGCAAACCCUCAGUUAGAAAUGUGAUAUAAGUCUAGAGAAAGUCCUAAUUAUUACAUGAGAAUAAAAUCCGCAUAACACUGUAUUUGGGAGGGAAAUGAGUAUGCUGCACUAUUGUUCCAUUUAAGGAACAAAGCCCUGCUCAUUAGCACACAAUCUGCUUAUGUACAAAAAGGAACCAAAACACUCUUAUCGCUUUUAAAUAGAAAAGAAUUACAUUGGAAAAUAUUUGAUAACACUUGAGCCGGUUGAAGUGUAAGAAAACACCUCAAAUGUAACAAACUAAUAUUAUUGUGUCCUCAAUCUUUUUGACACACAUUGUGUUUUUUUUCUGCUAAUUAUCUGGGCUAAUAUGAUGAAACCGACACGGAAACCACCAUUUUGGGUUGACCUUUCAGCGAUGUUAAAACUGUAGUUUCAUGUUUCUCCACUUGUGACAUUUUUACAAAGGUGGCUGAAGAUCUUCAUUAGCCUUUAAAAUCCUGAAUAUGUAAGAAUCUUAGAGCUGUCUGCGUAUUUGAGUUUAACAAGGGAUGAUCUGAAGCAAAUGAUUUCCCCGAGUGUAAAGGUGAGAAAACACUCAGUUGUUCAACUCUAUGGAUGCUUGUUAACUGCUGCACUACAAGAUGCUGUCUGUCAUCUAUGUGUGUGUCUACUUGCAGGUAGUAAAUCAUUACAGCAUUAGGACUUAAUUAGCCAUUACCAGAGCUCAGACACAUUAUUCACAGGACUCUCAGACAGCCGACAAAGUCUCUUCAGUUUCUUAUCGUCUAUUUUACCUGCACUUGUCUUUUGUUAUCAAGCAGAGAUUCGCAAGCAGCUCUUGGAGAGGCAACAGCCACCAUGUUGCCACCACAAUACAGCCAGGCUUAGUAAAAAUAAUGAAAAGGUGUCAUUUUAAGAUGUUUUUUUUAAUCAGCACUCUGCAUUUUUUAUCAUGAGAAUUAUGACUCACCCCUUCAGAACAGGCCUGUUGUAAUAAAAAUGAUAAUCAUUGUUUGGCCCAGCUGUAAAUCCUGUGGAGAUGAGGGUGACAGUGUUAAAUUGUUCAUAUUAUAUUUUUUAUGCGUGUGUGUAUAAUUCAGAAGAGGACUGAAUAUAGCAGAGAGUAAAAGUAGAGCACUCUUAAGCCUUGGAUACAGCAUGAAACGGGGGUCAGGUACGGGACACUGUACCAGCCUAUGCUUUGAUCUGUUCCUGUAAUUGUAUGCUGGGGGAAUUUGAGCUUGUUUUGGUAAAAUCAGUUAUUUUUGAUGCUCUGAAAGAGUUUUUGACAUGGCAAGUGGCACUAUUCUGCAACCAAAAUGGUUUAGUAUUAAUUUACUGUGUGAUCUAUCUUGAGCAAGGUCAGCAGUGAUGGUGCAAAAUUCAGGCCAUCUUUCUGAGAACCCAACGAUUAUCCCUCUUCUAAAGAGAUAGCAAGCCUGAUUCCUCACUUUGUUGUGUUUUUCUUUAUAUUUGCCUUUCAGAAAUUAGAUUGCGCUGACAAACUCUAGCUGGUCCUGAGCGGCAUGUUGGCUCAUCGCAGCUGUGAAAAGCCGCUGAAAGAAAAGCAGUGAUCCUAUUUCCUUCAGUUAUGACAGAGUGAGAGUGAAGUCUUACCUUGACCCCCCCAGUGGCGGCUGAAAUGACAGUGCUGUGAGGGGUCAGCUGGGGACAAGCAUCCAAAUUAAAUGGUUAAUGAUUAGCUGCUUGACUUGAGUCGGACUCUGGCUGCUAAAAGGAUGUGAGAGGCCAAGGACGGCCUAUUUUCUGUCUGUGUAUCCAGCCCAGAGACGACAUGUUGAUCGUCCUCUGUCACUUGUAUUUACUGCUCUAAUGCAAAGGGAAAACGUGGUGUAAAAUUGAAUGGGGUAUUAGCUGUCAGCAUGUUUUCAUUAGAGGCGUAGUGAAUCAAAGCAGACGGUGAGAGACAGCCAGGGAGCAGCAACAGGCAGCUAUGCAGGAUAAACCCAGUAGCCUUUUCAUGUGCGGCGCUGAUGAGUCAUCUUCAUUCUUCUCACCUCCCUUUUAGAAAAGUAUGUGUUAGCAUUGGGUUGUAAUGUCAAUUAGCAAUGUACCUAGAUUAUUUCCUUCUUUUGAUGGAGAGGAAUAAAACAUUUAAAGUGAGCAGCGAGUACGAAUGUGAAAAUCAAACCCAGAGGCUGUUAAAGCUCGUCUUUCAAGUUGAAUGUCGUCUGUGUUGUAAUUGAUGUAAUUUGAUUAUUAUGUUUGAAUUACGAAGGGAGUGGAAUUACUUCUCUAAAGCUGAGAGGAUGACUCACAAAUUAGUUUUUACUACGACUGAUAUGUUAUCAACAACUGUGUGAAAAAUUAAAGCUCUGCAUCAGACAACAAGGCCUUUCACACUGGGAUUGAUUUUCUAAUCUCUUUUUGAGAUUUCAAAUGACACCCCGAAACUAUUCAAACCCACGAAAUCACACAAGAAGAAUCCCAGCUCGCAGCCUUACUGUUUCCAUAUUUUUGUCAUAUUUUUUUAUAUUACGAUAUUUAAGAAUGUGGUCAUUAUUUUUGGAGUUUUGAACGAGUUGUGUGUACAAAUGAAAACAUCUUCAAUGCAUCCCAUACAUGUAGGAACAUCUGAAUUUGAAACUGGAAUCGAUUUAAAGCUACGGUGAGGAAUUUUUAGUUUUUAUUACCUUUGGUGCCCAUCAGUGGACAAAGCAGUCUCAAAACAGUUAAAUGAAUUACAUAUUGAGAAUCUGUGCUGCAUCAGAUGUUAAAAUAAACAAGUAAAUAAAAGGCUGUUAGGGCUGGGCGAUAAACUGAAAAUUUACCGAUACCGAAAUUUAUGACAUCAUUUUGCCCAUAUUGGCAUAAUCGGUGUCAAAAAAUAAAUAAAUAACAGUUGGUUUUGGAAGUGUGUAGGUAGGCUAUGGUCUCAUGUCCCUUUUAAGACGCUGUCCUAUGUCAGAGUCCGUAAAAAAGAGGGAAAGACAGAUGAGGAGAUGGAGGACGGUUCAAAAGUUGUGGCGGCUGAAGUAGAUAAAGUUAAUGUGGGAGGGGGUGAGCAGCUUGUGGAGUAGUUAUCGUCCAUUUAUCGUUACUGAGGUGAACUGAUCAAUAUAUUGUGAUAUUGAUUUGAGGCUAUAUCGCCCAGCCCUAGGUUGAAUCCUUUCUGCGACACCAGCUGAUUGAGGCAUUUUUUAAAAAAUGCAAUACUCUUGCUUUAACUCUGAAGAAACUACUAUUACUUUAUCGAAAUAGUCUGUAUUAGAGUUUGAGGUUUCUUUUACUUUUGUAAGUGAAACACAGAGGAGAGUUUCCACACACCUGACUGGGGGACUUCAGCAGUGUGCGGGAGUUCCCUCUGUACAAAGCUCUUGUAACUCAUAAAGAAGCACCAACAUUAAUUUCACUCAGUUUCAUAACCAUGAAAAUGCCACCUUGCUUUAACAUUUAGUGUCAGUGAGGCACGAACAACGGUUUACAACUUUACAUUUGCCUUUAUAGAAGUGUACCUAUAAACCUUAGCUGCAGGGCACUGUAAACAGCGACUGUUUGAAGAUCAUUGAUUUAGUGUGAAGACUGUAUGCGGUUUGAGCGACAGCAAGGGUUUGAAAAAUCUAAAUGAAAUCAAUCAGGGAAUAUCUGUGGACUAUAAUGAAGAUAGUUACCAAAGGUCUUUUGUAGGGGUGGGAAUCACAUUAUCUUACUAUACGAUAUGUUAAACUGUCUGUUUUCCUGUCCUCUCAAUUGAAGCAUAACAGCCUAAAAAAUGAUAAAAGCACAGGUCCACAUGGGUGUCAUGAAGUAAUGAUUCGAUAAGUUGGAUUUAGAGUGAAAUCUGCACGGGGUGCCAUAAAAAAAGGUGGUAUUUGGCACAAGUAAUACAAUAACUAUAUUGCUUUAUAUUAGUCAGUAGAACAACAUACUGCCUUGUUGUAUUUCUGGAAAUCAAGUUUGCUUUUUGCAUUUUUUCAAUGUGGCUGAGUGUCUUUGAUUAUUUAUUCUCUCCAGCAUUUUAGAUUACACAUUUAAGAACAAAUAAGUCAAAUCAGGACAGUCAGGCGGAGUAAUAAUCACUCAUAAUCUCCACAAAUUGCAGUAAAUUAUGUGUUAAAAGGACAAAUCCGCACCCAUGAUUAUACUGCCAAAAUCACUUCAAUCACAUUUGUAUCUGCUCCUUUUGUUUCGUAUUUGUUUUGUCUUGAUAAGUAGAAUCUGCAAAAUGUCUCCUGUGAUAGCUUUGUCUUUAUUACCAGAAAAGCGAGCUCAUUAAAAUGUAUUUUACUCUUAAUUUCUGCAUAUUUAUUCUGCCAACCACAAGAUAUUAAGUUCAUUUAAUUACAACUAUGAGCAGUCAGAUUCAGAGGCAGUAAUGUGAGGCAUGUUCGCUCAAUAAUCUACUGAAAGAAGAUCGAAAUGGUUUCAUUAUUCCUCUGUAAAAGAAGGUGAAGGGUUGUAUUUUCAUAUUUAGUACUGUCCUCCAUUUACUGUUGUUACUGCACAGACUCAUUAUUCAAAUCCUGAGUCUGGAUUUGCAUUGGACCUCUAGCCUGAGUGAGCGAGUGUGUGUGUGAGUUAGUGUGUGUCUGUCCUUCCCUCUGUCUGUCCACACCUUGACCCCGCUGGUCCCUUUCCCUAUUAAGACUCAGCUAUUCCGAGUGCUGCUUCCCCUUCAGCCGUCAGGAGCUCCUCUCUUUAUUAGUCUCAGCACCCUCACCCGCCCCCCAUUUGUCUGUCAGCCACACUUUCACAGUCGCUCUUCCAUGGCCCCCCCCCUUCCGCACACACAGUUCUGUUAAGUCCACACAGCCCUUCACACAGUUUCCCGGGCAUGAAUAGAGCUGGAAAACUAUCAUGCAUCAUCAAAUGUGCGAAAGCCCCUUUGAAUGUAUGACCGUGCCUUGAAUGUGUAGGCAUGUGAAUAGAGUGGGGGCUGCAGAGUGCUGUCUGCGCACAUGGGUGAAUGAAUGGGUCCUCUAGCCAUCCAGACGUGUGAUGUGUCAGAGGGAUGAGUCUACCGCAGGACAGUAACACACCUGUGAUUCUACAGCUGAUUUUACAUCAGUGUGUGGGAUUAGAUUGGGCCUGUUUUUACUUAUUCUGCCUGUGUGUAAGAGGUAAAAAUGUCCAGUGUGCUGAAAAAGUGUGUGUCAUUGUUGCCCAGCAUUGUUGCCCCCCUGUGAGAAAUGCUCAUUCCUCAUCGGUGGGGUGUAUUCAAAAGCCUGAUGACCUUUCGAUUUUCGGUGAAAAGUGCUAGUAACACGCCCAAGCAUGUAUCCUAUUAUACCCAAACUACACUGCAUACAAUUAGACUUUUCUGAUUCAUGUAUUUGUUGAUUGGUUUUCAGUUUGUAUUCAUGGCAGUGAAAUCUUUUUUUUUUUUGUGUUUGUCUCUCUCUUUCCAGGUCUAAGCGGACAGCCCACAGACAUCGAGAAGCGGAAAACAGUGUUUGGGCAGAAUUUUAUACCGCCCAAAAAACCCAAAACUUUCUUACAGUUAGUGUGGGAGGCGCUACAGGAUGUCACACUGAUUAUCCUAGAAGUGGCAGCCAUAGUUUCACUAGGCCUUUCUUUUUAUAAACCUCCAGAUGCCGAAAGAGAACGUAAGCAACAACAACUCUUUAUUGAUUUAUGCCCAUCUUUCAUCUUAUGUAAAUGUUUCUCUUUCUUGUGUCUGCUUCAUUUAUCGAGCUAAUUUAUCAUUUCAUAGUAAAAUCUGAACACGAGCCAACUCUCAAAGCGUUUAGCGCUGUAUUUAUUUGUUUAAAUUGGCACCUGAGUGGCAGGAUGAUGUGAUAAGCUGCUUGAUUCAACGGCGUACCUCGUUGUGUUAAUUUCUGCCCCUGUGCCUCUGCAGACUGUGGGAGGGCAGCUGGCGGUGUGGAGGAUGAAAAUGAGUCAGAAGCAGGGUGGAUCGAGGGCGCCGCCAUUCUUCUGUCAGUUAUCUGCGUGGUGCUGGUGACGGCGUUCAACGACUGGAGUAAAGAGAAGCAGUUUCGGGGGCUCCAGAGCCGCAUCGAGCAGGAGCAGAAAUUCACCGUCGUCCGUGGAGGACAAGUCAUCCAAAUUCCUGUGGCUGAGAUUGUGGUGGGCGACAUUGCACAAGUAAAAUAUGGUGAGAAGUGAUUUACAGCUUUGUUUUUGUUUGUGUCUCUGCUCUUUAAAAGCAAAUCUAAUGAUCCAAAUAUCAAUUUAUCACUCACUACAAAGUAAAAAACUCCCGACUCACCGAAAAAAAACUGCAUGUGGUGCAUAACUGUUCUUUCAAAUCAAAACACUUCCUUGUUUGGUGCAUUUCAGGUGACCUUUUGCCUGCCGACGGAGUCCUCAUCCAAGGCAACGAUCUCAAGAUCGACGAGAGCUCACUCACGGGAGAGUCGGACCAUGUCAAGAAAACACAAGAAAAAGAUCCUAUGCUGUUAUCAGGUAACCUAAAGGCAUCAUUUUUUUCUCUUUGCUGGUUGGUGCCAAAGACAAAGAUGAUUUGUCUUUGUCUCACUUGUGCAGACAUUUUCACAUAGCCUAUCAUAAAUGCUCUACAGUAUUUCCAGACACCUCCAAGAAGUUCAUCUUAAUAAUGAGAUACACAUAAUUUUCAAAGUCUGGCCUUAAGUGAGUCCAGCCUCAAUUAAAAAGGAAUGACCCUUUUACAAUUAUAUCAUGUAAAACCCAGUUAAUUUUUCAAACGUUUAAAAAUGGAGGUCAAUGGGGGAGCCGACCCUUCUUUCCCUUUUAAAAAUUAAUUUGAUAAUUAAAAUGAAGUGCGUCCGUUUUUUUCAACAGGAUGUUUGAUCUGCUGUCUGCAGCUUCCCAGACUUCAAACCCGGGAGUUGACCUUUGACAGACCGGGCCAGACUGUCAUCAAUGAGGCCGUUUGACAGGAUUAGCUAACAGAGUUCUCAACUAUAGGAGCAACUUAUUGGUUUUAGUUUUAAGGCUUCAAAGCCCGAACACUUAAUUUUCACCAGCUGACUUUCAGAACAUCUGAAUUAUUGAAAGUGAACCAGGCACUGACUCUGAAAGAUAGACAUUGACGAAAUAGACAAUAAUAAACUUUUGUCGUGAAACAUAAUAAUGAACAUAAAAUACCAUACUUUUCGGGCGAUAAGGCGCACCAGAUUAUUCGGCGCUCUGUGAAUAUACAUGUCUUUGUUCACACAUGAGGCGCACCGGAUUGUAAGGCGCAUUAACCGUUGAUUGGUUUAGUGGUGCUAGCGCGUACUCUGGGCCCAGGCUGCCUAACAUGAAUGCACUUUUAAUUUAGACAUUACUGUCAGGCAGUGUUGCAGACUGCUCAGGGGUCCUGUUAUGGGGCCGAUCAGGUAGUGACACAGCAUACUGUAAUGCUCCGAAUAUCCAUUGAGGGGAGUGGCUUUGUUGCUCACCAAAGUCGUACAAAUGCACUUCGGCAGAUUUUUAAGUGCAUUUCACCACAUAAAAUCAGUCAAUGAGCACAACAAGUAAUCAUACAUAAGGCGUGCUGAAUAAUAAGGCGCAUUGUCAAUUUUUGAGAAAAUUUAAGGAUUUUAAGUGUGCCCUAUAGUCCAAAAAAAAAAAAUGGUAAUAACAUGACAGUUUAUAUCAUAAGAGCAAAAUUUAAAAAGCAAAUAUUUUAAGUAAUUUCUGAGUUUAUUUUCAGGCUUUUUGACUUUAUUUUGGAGAUAAGUCAGUGGAUGAAGUAUGAGUAGGAAGUAUGAAAAUGGGCAGAGAGAUUGGGGAGUGAUAUACAGCAAAGGGGUGCAGAUGAUGCAAUAUGAUCAUAGAUUUUGAUAUUAUAUAUAGUUAUUUAACCAUCCAACACUCCCCAGCUUUAAUGCUGUUCUAGCUUCAUUAUAUCCACACACUGAGUCCACUAUAUGCUCUCAAGGCUCUGCUGGUCCUCUGUCAGUGCUGUCAGAUAGCUCUGUAACUGCUCGGUACCUCAGUAAAAGGGUGUUUGGAUCCUGGAGGAGCACAGGUGUUUCAGUUCAUCCGGCUUCCUACUCCCAAGCCUCCUAAAGAUAAAAGUGCUGCACUCCGUGUGUGUUUGUGCGUGCGUGUGUGUUCGCGUGUUAGUGAAUGUGUGUGUAUGUGUGUAUUGCUCCACCACUGCUUUCUGAUUUCCCUCAACACCGGCUGUGUCCCUUCUGUCAUCACUCUCCUGAAUGAAAGGAAAACAUCCUCUAAUUAACACAGGCAUGAGAGAAAUUUUAUACGCUUUCCACCUCUCUGUUUCUUUUAACAUCUCUUCUGUUAUUUUGUUUUCCUGCUCUUAUCCACAAGAUCUUUUUCCUGUGUCCUUAGAGGGACAGAGACCCAGAGAUAUUAAACUGUUUUAGCCUCUCAGAUUUCCAUUAAUUCACCCACAGCGACGAUUGGCUUUUGAUUAAAAGCUGCUGAUGAAAGGUUUGGAGAGUAUGUGCAUUAGUGACUGUGGUUCUUUCCCUGCUUAAUUGCAAAUGCACAAUUCCUUUGGUAUCUGUUGCAUCUAUUUAAAAAUGACAUUUGUGUGUAGCUGGAAAUGGCACUUCAACAAAAUCUGGCUCAGCAUUAAGUCUAAAUUUAGAGGACAAGAUUCAAAUCACAAAUUAAGAUAGAAAGAUGUGUUAGGCCAGAGUUAAAGCUGCUGCUAAACAAAGAGAGACAUAAUUUACUAAUCCUUCUGUAGGGUUUCUGUGAACGUUGUUUUCUUCUCGCAUUUAAUGACUCACGUUUUAUUUUCCUCCGUCUGUCCAAAGGCACUCAUGUAAUGGAAGGCUCAGGGAAAAUGGUGGUCACUGCUGUGGGUGUCAACUCUCAAACUGGAAUUAUCUUUACUUUACUCGGGAGCGCUGAGGAGGACGACGAAGACGAAGAGGAGAAGAAGAAGGAAAAGGAGGAGAAGAAGAAACAAAGAAAAAGUUAGUAUCCUCACUGCUUAUCCCCCCUCUGCUAGGAUGAUAUGUUUGUGCACACAUUGCCAUUUUUCUUCCACCAGUUUUGUACCUCACAUAAAGAUCACAUCAUUUCCCAUUAAGACUUUUUGAAUACUAAAACAACAAAAAAAGAGUUACAUGCAUGCUUUUGGGUUCAUUACCUCUGCAAGUUGAGGUCACGUUUGUCAGAGCUCAGAUUGCAGAUGCAAAGGUCCAUAGGCUAGCUUUUGCAAGCUCUGCAAACAUUAUCGUUUGAUAAUGUCUACAAAAUAAGAAAAAUGCAUGAAAAAUUUGCCCCUUGUAUAACUCCAGAACUGUCUCUCCCAAGUUGAUGUCUUCUCAUGUCUUUUAUUGUUAAAACCAAUAAUCCACAAGGGUUUAAUGUCAAAGCAGACAAAGCAAACCUUUACCUUCACUUUAAAGAAGUUGGAAAAUAGUUAAGAUUUGUGCUCAAAACUAAAAUUAAAAUGUUAUUUGGUUAUCAAAUGAAGUUGAUUAACUGGUGUGACUAACUCAUGAUUAUAGUCAUGUACAGAGCCAGACUUGAAGGUUGUAGGAUUUUAGACAGGAGACAUAACGGGAGCAUUUGACCUUAAAAUCACAGCAGAAUAUCGCCCUUGCCUCUUUUUAACUUUAUAUUCAGAAAUUACUCAUGAAUAAACAUGUCAAUAUCAUUUUAAGAUAGAGGUUAAUAUUAAGGUUACCAUGUAUUUCCUGCUGCUGAUUCCAUGUUAUAUAAUAUCCACAGAUAAGAAGCAGGAUGGAUCUGUGGAAAAUCGUAAGAAAGGUUAGUUGCUUGCCCACACACACACCCGCUCAAGUACACUUAUAGCCAUAUAUAAUUGUCUUACAGCUUAGCGCCUACAUUGGUGUAUAAGCCCUUAGCUAUAUUCAUGUCUCCCUCCUAAUAUAACAGCGCUUGAUGUAGGUUAAAGCUUCAAUUUGUGCUUAAUUGGCUGCAGUAUAAGUGUUGCCAUUGCGUGGAGCUGCAUGUCUCUGCAUGUCAGCGCAUAUGUGGCACGCGUCCGUCUUGUCCCAUCCAUUGUCCUGUCUGACCCUCCCUCCUGUCUUUCUCUCUCCUCGUUUCUCGUCCUUCCCCGGCACAUUGCGCUUUGAGCAGCAGGUGCUACUGAAUCCAGUUAUAGCGAUUAGUGGUGAGGAGAUUAAAGCCAUGCAACAAUUCUGGGGCCAGAACAUCUGCUUUCCCACCCAUCUCUCUCUCUCUCUGUGCGACUCUCCCUCCGGCCCCCUCAAUUUGAUUUUUAUCGAUGCCCCAAUCUGAACCAUACGCAGUCAAACUGUCACACUCGCUUUGGUGCAAUCUCAGACUGACAACAAUGAUAAUGAGGCUCUUUUUUUGGCAACUCGGACAGCUCGGCCCAGCCCGUAGUCCUGCCGGGGCGCUGUGAUCAGUAGUGCUUGGGUCUGUGGCCACAACCCUGGCGCUAGUCCCUGGUGCACAGAUUCCCUCUGCCUGCCAGGAAUCAACAGUAAUCCUUUAGACUGAGAUUACACAGGCCAUGUAAGUGCAGAACAAGCCACAGUCCACAGCAGCUGCAGUAGCCCAGUGCUAAUGCCCCUCCUCUUCCUGCUACAUACAUUCACACACAAUGCCACACUGCAGGUCAUGCCAUAGUAAACAGAGCUUUUAGCAUUGCCAAAUUGGACAUGGAGCUGCAGAAGCUUAAAAAAAAAAAAAAAGACACAAAUAUAAAAAGCAGUGGGUGAGAGAUGGCAAAAGAUGUGACAGUUGUCCUGCUGCAGCAGCAGAAAGCAGCAGUAGUUUCAGUGCCCGGCUGAGCUAAUGAUUUUAUCAAAGUGAGCGACACGGCAGAGAGCAGCCCCCGCUGGCCCUGCUGGCUGCCUCUCCUCCCCUCCCUCCUCUGCCAUUAGAGGCACUGCGUCUCCAAGGUUACCUGGCUAGAUGCAGGUUUGGGAUUCCCGUCAGUCCUACUCGCACGGCAGGGGGGGGUCCUGAGGGACGCUGGGGAAGAGAUGAAAGAGAUUUAUGGGAAUUUAACUGGCAACGAGUGCUGGUGGUGGAAGUAGGAGGCGAUUCCUCCGAUGCUGCAAGCUAGUUAACCUGUUCUUUAAAUCUCAAGGUGGGAGUAUGAUAAUUACACUUCCAAAUCUUGCUGCUAAUUACUGAGCCGUCAGAUCACGGCGAAUAUAAUUACAGUGACAUUUCCCAAGUUCCAUGACAGAAAGAGACAAAAAGUGUUUAAACUUUGAGUGAUGUGGCAUCUCUGUGACUCUUAAACUCUCCUCUCAUUAAAGCCGUUUCCCUCAGUUGUAGUUCGGUUUUUACUUGAUCAUCUUCUGAGGAAACUUUCUGCAACUUGAAACCGACUAAAUCAAAUAACCAGAUCACUUGGAAAUCAAAUCUAGUACAAACCUGUUGUUGAUAUUCUUGUCAAGUGAGCAAAUGAACACGGACAGAGGAAGAUUGCUUUGGAUACACGGUUUGUUUGUAGUCUGGGGAGGUUCUUUAAUUUCAAAUUUUCCAAAUUUGAUCAAAAUGACAUCUCAACUGCGUUCCUCUUGUGCCUAAAAGCAGCUCUUGUGUUUCCUCUUCGGUUGUGCUGAUUUUGCUACAUCUGGCGAACUGGCGGUGCUCUUUCCGUGAAUCCUGGAAUCACUUAGACUAUGAAGACACCGAACACAAUAUUGCUAUUGUAUGAAAAUCAAAAUGAGGUCAUUUCACUCUGAGACUUGUUUUUUUCUCGUUCCGUGCUGCAGCUAAAGCACAGGACGGAGCUGCCAUGGAAAUGCAGCCUCUCAACAGCGACGAGGGAGCCGACGCGGAGGAGAAGAAGAAAGCCAACCUGCCAAAGAAAGAGAAGUCUGUCCUCCAGGGCAAACUGACCAAACUAGCUGUUCAAAUUGGGAAAGCAGGUACUUCAAACAAUCACAUGUGAUUCUUGCAGACUGUGGAUGUGUAAACACUCUUAUUCUGUGCUCUCAUUUUGAGCCUUGUCCUCUCUCUUCCCCUUUAGGAUUGGUAAUGUCAGCUAUCACUGUCAUCAUCCUGGUGGUGCUCUUUGUAGUCGACACUUUCUGGAUCCAGAACCUGCCCUGGGUCAAGGACUGCACACCCAUUUACAUCCAGUUCUUUGUGAAAUUCUUUAUCAUCGGCGUCACAGUCUUGGUGGUCGCUGUUCCUGAAGGCCUGCCGCUCGCUGUAACGAUCUCAUUGGCCUAUUCCGUGAAGGUAAACUCUCAGAGCAAAGUGACCUUUAACCUUUGCUGACCGGCUUACUCUUUAGCCUAUUAAAAGUAGCCUGCAAGGUGUUAAAGUCAAGGAGACUUGGCUCACUGAUACCUUUAAGCUAAGCUCCUAUUCUUUGUGCUAAGGUGGUUAAGACUUCAUCCAAACAAAGAGCUGCUGAUUUAACCCCGAAGCCUUUAAAAACAUUCAAGAAGAAGAUGUACUUCUGGAUUUUGUGCUUAAUAUAGACGUGUUCAAACAUUUGAUAUAUUCUUUUCUAACAGAAAAUGAUGAAAGAUAACAACCUGGUACGACACUUGGACGCCUGUGAGACUAUGGGCAACGCUACAGCCAUCUGCUCGGACAAAACCGGCACGCUCACCAUGAACCGCAUGACCGUGGUGCAGGCCUACAUCGCUGAGAAGCACUACAAAAAAGUCCCAGAACCAGAAAACAUCCCCUCCUCCAUAUUGGACAUCCUGAUUGUGGGCAUCGCUGUCAACUGCGCCUACACCACUAAGAUCAUGGUGAGCCUGAAACCUUUCAAACUAGUGCAAAGUACCGAUGCUACUAAUAGAGAUGCACUAAUCCAAUAUUUGGAUUGCAGAUCGGCUCCGAUAUUGACAAAUUAACUGGAUCGUAAAUCUGAUGAAUGACGCUGAUCCAGUCUUUUUUCUUCUAAUUAAUAUCAUACACAGAAACGCAGCGAUUCUGUCCGCUCUAUAUCAUAUGUCUGUCUAUCCUUUAGCACUAAAUGUUUACAUGGAAGUCUUCCUUCUUUUUGCUGUGUGCUAAUGUGCAAUUUGUUAUUUGUUAAUAAUUUAUAUUAAGUAAAUUUACAUCUGUGUCAAUUUGUUACCUUUCUAUUAACAAGGCUAAUGUCUAGCCUGAGGCCUUCACUCACAGGGCCAGGUAUACAGUUCAUUUAUUUAACAGUAGUAUUGGAUCGGUAUCAGAUAUCAGCCCAGGUAUCGUAUCGGAUUGGAUCGGAAAAAAUGGAUCAGUGCAUCUCCAGCUUCUAAAUUUACAAUUGUAUAGAUCUAUGUACUAUGUGGGAUUUUUCCUUGCUUAUCUUUCUUCCUGUCUUUCCUCAGUCUCCGGAGAAAGAAGGUGGCCUGCCACGACAAGUGGGAAACAAGACCGAAUGUGCCUUGCUUGGCUUUUCCAACGACCUGAAGCGGGACUACCAGGCUAUCCGCAAUGAAAUCCCAGAGGAGAAACUCCACAAAGUCUACACCUUCAACUCAGUGCGAAAGUCUAUGAGCUCCGUGUUAAAGUUAGCCGACGGCAGCUACCGUAUGUUCAGCAAAGGGGCCUCCGAAAUUCUCCUAAAAAAGUAAGAAAACGAUUCAUCCCAGUGUUUCUUUCUCUGAAGUUUCACGCUUGUUUGUUCAAAGUGUCAUCAUCUCUGUCAGCGUAAAUGAACCUGCUCGGUCAAAGUUAUCCUGUAGACUUUUUGACUCGCUGCGGCUGGCUAGAGUUUGCAGUAAAUGAUAUGUGUAAUAGCUUAAGCAGCUAAGAAGUUCAAGUGCAUCCCACCCCAAGCCCCUUACUUUGCGACUUAGAAACAGGCGCUGAGAAAAUGAGCCGGUAACAACUCAGUAAGCCUCUUAACCAAGCAGGCUUCUUUUUAACCCACAGAGGGCUUAGUGUGGCUUCUUACUACUGCAGCUCACCAUUCAAUUGCUUUGUCCCCUUCACUCCUCUAUCCAAAAUAUUUUGAUGUUUAUAGUUUCAUAUCUGUCUCCUCUUUAUCCACUUUUUUAAACCAUAUCUCCUGAUACGGCGUCCUCCCACACCCUCUCCGUUAACCCUUCUCUCUUCAUGUGCAUGGGUACUGAUAAGUCCUUCAUUCAAUUUCCAGGUGCUAUAAGAUCCUGACCGCAAACGGUGAGACCAAAGUGUUUCGCCCGCGCGACAGAGACGACAUGGUCAAGAAAGUGAUCGAGCCCAUGGCCUCAGAGGGCCUGAGGACCAUCUGCCUUGCAUACAGAGACUUCCCCGUAUCUGAGGGGGAGCCAGACUGGGACAAUGAGAACGACAUCCUCUCUGGGCUGACCUGUGUCUGCGUGGUGGGAAUCGAGGACCCUGUGAGACCUGAGGUUAGUGGCUAAACAAAUUAGGACACACGGUAGUGAUAAAAAUAAAAAAAUUGAAAAAACCUCUCAUAGUUUCUUGCAAAAACAAGACCACUUGGGUUUUGUUUUUGCUCUUCUGGGGGAUUUUUUUUUUUUUUGGGUUGUUUUUUUUUUGUUUUCUAUUUAGUACAGGCGAGAAUUACUGAUGAUUGGAGUAACAGUAAGAUGAGAUUCCGACAUAACCUCAGAAACCUCGAUUGAAAAUGAAACAAGAGUAAGUAGAUUAUGUAAGUCAAGAACAGAGACAGGCAGACGAGGACAGAGAAAAGAACAGUGGACAGCUGUAGUUUCAUAAAAGGUGCCAAAAACCUCAGUUUUACAGGACCUUAUACUACAUUUGAUAGUUUGUGGUGACCAUUCCUUUUUCCAAAGGGAACUGCCUUUGAUUUAUAUUUCUUUUUUUUUUUCUUUUUUUUACAUUUAUUACACCAACAGAAUGACGUGUUGAUCAUUUUGGUAAAAAGACUCUUGUUCAGACAACCAAACACAAUAUUUAAGGUUGAAAUACAGAGACAAAUAUAACCCUUAAAUUAGAUGUAUAGGACUCUCCUCUAAACAAAAAGAUCAGCUGCUUCCUAAACACCAAUGCUUCCUAUUUACUUCUAUCAAGUGCAGGAGGAGGUAUUCUGUUAUGUCGCAGUAUUAUAUCCAGAAGAUAUCCAACCUCUUCAGUUUGCAAGGCAUGCUUGUUGUUGUUGUAUAGGAGUAUGAUUUUUGUUCCAUUCUGCAUUUAAAGAAAACUGUGGUAAAAAGUAAAUAAACUUAACGGAGGAGUUGGUUUGAUUGAAAAGACUCAGUCAUGGGCGGUUCAUCUGUCUCUGUACCUCAUAAUUUGUACACUUCACGAGCUCUGUGCUUUGGACAGACUCGUGAUCUUUCAUCAGCUCAGUGUUUUUAAAGGAAAGGGAAACUAGGGAAGGAUUCUGUGCCUGUACUCGUGUUUUAAUCAAGGCUACAAGUUUUGCUAGAAUCAACCGGUAAAGGGUCAGGUUAUUUAAAAGAUAGACUGUUUUGUAGUGUGUUCAAAUCUGCUCUGGAGCCACGUUGAAGUCACUUGUAACUAGGGCUUUGACCAAAUGCUUUUCUCCCAAUUCGAUUCUUGUACUAUUUUUUUGGAUUCUGAUUCGAUACAAAUUGCGAAUCUACGAUAUUGUCGAUUUUCUUGAUUUUUAGUCUGCAUUUUAACACCAAUGAAUCAGUUGAAUGAUUAUGAUUGUCUAUCUCCCCUAAAAAUACACAUCACAUGUAAGACAGUUUUUAAGAUUUAUUCUAAAUUUGAAAAAAAAACAAAUUGAUUUUUGAAAAAAAAAAAAAAAAAAUUUCAAAAUCGUAAAACAAAAAACUGCGAUACUUAUGUGAAUCGAAUUUUUCUCCCACCCCUACUUGUCACACAGAGAGAGAAGAAGCACAGCGGCUUAAAUAUUGUAAAACUGAGCACAUUCAGAGCAUCGGUCACAGAUAUAGUCAUGUCACUUCUCUCAUCUUGUCUCUGCUGUAUCCAUGGAAAUGUUGGAUUUGGGGUUUCUAGAGGGGAUUAAGCCGCAUUCAAGCACACACCCCCUUCUUUCCCGUCCUACACAUGGUCGAGCACUUCUUAAGAAACUCUCUGACAGAUGAUCUGAUUGAAUCUUUCCUCUGCACCGUCGAGCACUUAAGAGCUUUUUGAGAGUGUAUUGCAGGAGAUGCAGAAUCAGCCAUUUUUAAACACAUGGAAGAGCUCCGUUCUGGCGCAGGCAUCAAGUAUUGAACCAGCACGUGAUUUAUGAUACAUGCCUGUAGUAAAGGAGUGGCUCCACAGUGAGACAGGGGUAUGCAUGUUUGAAAUAGUUCACUUAUUUAGUUUGGUUUCCAGCCAGGAUGUGCCAGGCUGUUUGCGCGUGCUGAACAUGUUGGAUGAAAACAUCUGCUUUGGGUGUCAACGGAGUAAUUAAACUCAACCGUACUGCCUUUAUAAAUGACCACUGACCACCACAAAGAACAGGGAGAUGCUAAACUCAGCUACAAGAGUUUUUAGCCAUAAACUGAUAAAAGAGAGGAGAAAAAAUAGACGUAUUUUCCGCUCCUGCUUUCUUUUAGGUACCAGAUGCCAUCAGAAAGUGCCAGCGCGCGGGCAUCACAGUGCGAAUGGUCACCGGUGACAACAUCAACACAGCCCGAGCCAUCGCCUCCAAGUGUGGCAUCCUGCAGCCUGGAGAUGACUUCCUCUGCCUUGAAGGGAAGGAGUUUAACCGCAGGAUACGUAACGAGAAAGGAGAGGUGGGCCACAGCAGAAUUUUGUACCGCAAACCGAGAGUAAAAAAUGUCGUGUUUGGAUUCUAUCAGGUUUUAUCUCAUGUUUUUAGAUUGAACAAGAGCGCAUCGACAAGAUCUGGCCCAAACUACGAGUGCUGGCUCGCUCCUCCCCUACAGAUAAACACACACUAGUGAAAGGUCAGUUGUUUUAUUCUGGUUUAGGUUCAUGUUUUAAAAUAGUUUAUUGUUAAAGAGCAGACAAAUUCAUUUUGACCAUUUCUCCGUAGGUAUUAUUGACAGCACGGUGGUGGAGCAGAGGCAGGUAGUAGCAGUGACAGGAGAUGGUACCAAUGACGGUCCAGCCUUGAAGAAAGCUGAUGUUGGCUUUGCUAUGGUGAGAUUUCUUUCACUUCUACUAAAACAUAACAAAAUUUUAACAUUUUUAUGCCAAGACAAAAUAUUUUCCUCUAAACCGUCAUCCAUCUUCUCUUCAGGGUAUUGCUGGCACAGAUGUCGCCAAGGAGGCCUCUGACAUCAUCCUGACCGAUGACAACUUUUCCAGCAUCGUCAAAGCAGUCAUGUGGGGACGUAAUGUCUACGACAGCAUCUCGAAGUUCCUCCAGUUUCAGCUAACCGUCAACGUGGUGGCCGUCAUCGUGGCGUUCACAGGAGCGUGCAUCACACAGGUUAGCCGCAGAUUUUUGUCUCCACUCUGAUCGGGAAUGUAUUUAUUUUUCCCCUCUAGUUUGAAGGCGGUUUGAGUUGUGUGAGAAGUUUUGUUCUCUUGUUCACACUUUGACUCAGCAGCCAUGGAGUUGGUACAGCUGGCAGCAACAGACUGAGAUUACAUAAGCUUUAACUCGCAUGCGGCAAGUUUGCAGUUCUAGGUCUCUAAGUGGAGAUCCAGCUGUCAAAUUUGAGAGGGUCUGGAUUUGUUUGGGAAAAAAAGGAGCUGGUGCAUUUUUAUGUAUUUCAUCUCUAAAGAAGCUUCUUCAUACGAUUAUUUGACGUAUAUAUGGUGCACCUUAUGAUAUUGCUUUAGUAUUAUUUAAAUCUAGUCUGAACUGUGUUCAGCUGCCAGGUGCAGUGAUUUAUUUGAAGUCAUUUGUGUCAAAAUAAUGGGGAUUUCUGUCAAACAUCCACUAUAUUUCUUACCCCUGAUUUUCAUUUUAUUCUGUCUAAUAAUGUUUUACACAGUUUGCACGUGUGUGUGUGUGUGUGCAGACACCAAAUUACUCAUGCCAAACACACGCGUCUGUGCUCACUCUGACGCAGCCUGUCAAUGCCACAGGCAACAGAAUAAAUUGUUUUCAACAGGCAAUUUAAUUCAUGUCAAUCUUAAUAAUCCAUAGAAACCAUUAAUUUUCAUCAUAUUUGAGGCACCGUGUGUGAAAGUGAUGGAAAUCUCAUCGGUUGGUAAUCUUCCGCCUCCUCUCAACCUAAAUUGCCCCUCUCUCUCUCUCUCUCUCUCUCUCUCUCUCUCUCUCUCUCUCUCUCUCUCUCUCUCUCUCUCCCUCUGUCUGUCUGUCUAUUUGCUCGUUUUGCCUCCAGGACUCUCCGCUUAAAGCCGUACAGAUGUUAUGGGUCAACCUCAUCAUGGACACCUUUGCUUCACUCGCUCUGGCCACAGAGCCCCCCACAGAAGCACUGCUGCUGAGGAAGCCAUAUGGCCGCAACAAGCCACUCAUCUCCCGCACCAUGAUGAAGAACAUCCUCGGCCAGGGAGUGUACCAGCUGGUCAUCAUCUUCACUCUCCUCUUUGCUGGUAAAACUAAAUAAGACAUAUCUACUUUUCACGCUCUAGAUUCAAUGAAUCCACGUGUUUUUAGAUAACUUUGUUUGGCUGUUCUCGCAGGAGAGAAAAUGUUUGAUAUCGACAGCGGCAGGAACACACCCCUCCACGCCCCGCCGUCCGAGCAUUACACCAUCGUCUUCAAUACUUUUGUGUUGAUGCAGCUUUUCAAUGAGAUCAACGCCCGCAAGAUCCACGGGGAAAGAAAUGUCUUUGAAGGCAUCUUUAACAACCUUAUCUUCUGUAGUAUCGUCUUUGGUACCUUUAUUAUCCAGGUAAUAAACCAGCCUGAAGCCUGAACGACACAUGGUCAACCUGCAGGUGCCGAAUCCAAGAGUAACCCCUCUGAUUGAUUCUGCUCCUCUAGAUCGUCAUUGUGCAGUUUGGAGGGAAACCGUUCAGCUGCGUGGCUCUGACCAUCGACCAGUGGCUGUGGUGCACUUUCUUAGGAUUCGGCUCUCUACUAUGGGGACAGGUAGGAUGCUUCAAUACUCCAGCUUUACCUCGAGGAGGCCAGAACUCCACAUGUGGUGCAACACUGCCCCCUUCUGUCCAAAUCGGUUGAAAGGGUGUCCAGUAGUGUCUUAGUGCCCGCUGCUGCUGCUGAAAUCUAAAGGAGUUUGAAAUCUGCUGUGUUUUUUUGUUUAUUUUAACAUGACUUUAUAGAAUCAAAAUACAUGAAGUAAACAAAAAGAUCCUUUGCUGUCAAAAAACAAACUGUUGUUAGUCCGUGGGUUAAGGCAGCAGUGAGAUGAGGGUGCGAGAGUCCUCUUCAGUCUCUGCUGACAUUGCUAGAGUCCUAGUUGACAGCAUGUUUGAGGUCAUUUGAGUUCGCUCUCACUGCCUCUAUCAUCUUACAGAGCAGUGCACCUAAUAUGUGUUAUUAUCCCCUCACAUCAGGCCAGUAAGAACAAACAUUUCUCAGUCAAGACACAAACAAACAAACAAGGCGUGCUUUUGCUUUGCUAUUGUGUGAGGAAUAUCAAUGACGUUUAUUCUCUUUGUUUAUAUGGAUUAAAUCUGCACAUCCCUACCCUGGAUAUAUUUGUAUUUAUGGACUUAGUGGACCAUGUUUCUCUCAUUUUAAGAAUUUCAUUACAUAACUGUGCUUUGGAUAAAUAUAUUUUUUAACAUUUUUGGUGGUUCUUGGCAGUUUGAAGCACCGGUGCAUUGGGAGUAUUUUGGAUCGGAGUGUAUUAGAUGGACUUUGUCACUUAUUAUAUCACAGGUUUUUCCUUUGAGUGUCUGGUAGGUCUGUCACCAAGUGGAAUUUGACUAUAAUGGCCACUCUCGUUGGUUUCCCCUUGCAUUUGGCGUUUAAGAGCCUGCACCGUUCAUCCCUGUGGAGAGACACACCAUGAAACCAAAUGAUCCUGUAUCUCCCCCUGGUCAUGAAAUGUGUCAGUAGAAGUUAACAUGAUGAAAACCUCCAUAAUAAUGACAUUCAACAUCAUCUUUAUCAGCUUUAGGGAAGGGUUCGGAAAGUGUCAUUAUCCGUGAGUGUGUUACUUCACUCCGAGGGAAGAGAUUUGUGAGACAGAGCAGAUGACGUCAAAGCGGGUGUCUCAGCUGUCAGAGAGGCUUACUUUCAGGCUGAUGCCGCCAGAAACGCUUCUUGUUCUGCCAUAAUGAGAUGUCACUUCACCGCGCUGAGCGCUGUAACAUUAUCUUCAGCCGCUGCCGCUCAUGUAAAACCCUGAUGUCUUCCAGGUAAUCUCUUCGAUACCUACCAGCCGCUUAAAAUUCUUAAAAACAGCGGGCCACGGCACACAAAAAGAGGAGAUCCCAGAUGAGGAGCUGGAGGAGCUGGAGGACAUGGACGAGAUCGACCACGCCGAGCGGGAGCUUCGCCGCGGCCAGAUCCUCUGGUUCCGAGGCCUCAACCGCAUCCAGACUCAGGUAACCAUCCGCAGACCUCCACGUGUGCCACCAAACACCGCACAGCACCAAGGGAAUCAAAAGCCAUAAACCCUUUAACUCUCUAUUGCUCCUCCAGCUUAAGAUCUGUUUUGUUUUUUCUCUCGGCACUCUUUAAGAAUGGCUUGUGCCCUAAAAACAAACCCUCUAAUUUUUUUCUUUCUGCUUUUGAGCUAAAGCGGGUUUCUAUGCCUAUUUUUCUCUGACUGGGUUUGGAUUUAUUUAGACUAGUUUGAAGGUACUGAUGAGAAGCGAUUGGAUUUGGAUGGAGAGCACGCUAAAAACAAGCUGAAUGUUUAAAGGAGGAUUGGCAUGGCUAUAGCCGGGAGGGAUUCAGCAGAGAAAAGAGUGAAAGUGAGGUCAGAUUUCGGAGUCUCCUUCGAUCAGUGCCUUUAAACCAGACCACCACCCCACCUUUCCCCCUCUCUCUUUUAACUAUAAUGCCUAAAUCCAAUUUCCAAGUGACAUUUUUCCUAUGGUUAUUGGUGCCUUUUCUUUAUUUUUUUCUCUCUUUUCUCUCUCCUCUGGCUGUGUUGUGUUUUUAUUUUCUUCUGGGCCUUUUUUUUCUCCUGUCACGCUGUCUGAUUCUUUGCAGAUGGAUGUAGUGAGUGCGUUCCAGAGUGGAACUUCCUUUCAGGGGGCUCUGAGGCGGCAGGCCUCCAACUCCAGCCAACAACAGCACGAUGUAACCAAUGUUUCUAGCCCUACACAUGUAGCCUUUUCUACUACUACUACCACUACUGCCACUGCCGCCAACUCCGCUUCUGCCACUGUGGGGUGUGAGUGCGUGUUCUCCUCUAGUGCAUGAGACUUUUUCAAUUUUUUUUCUUUUUACUUCUUCUGUUCCUCUAACAUCUUCCUCCUCCACUCUUCUUCUCACCUAACGUUGACACUUUUGACUCUCUCAUGCUUCUCCUAAUACCCCCCUCCCCUUGUUCUCUUCAAAAUAAGACACCAAAAAAAAAAAAAGUACCACAUCUUCCAUAAUGCUUCGAUAACACAGCUGUAUAUAUAUGUAUGUACUCUGUAACAAGGUGUUUAUCUCUGUGUCAUCAUGUUUUCUGUUCUGCUUCUGCAUUGGUCUCAAAAACUGGGAAAAAAAAAGGGUUUGACUGUUAUCACAUUUGACAUUUAAAAAAAAAACACACAUUCAGGAUUCAGGUUUGUCCGCAGCUGCCUCAGUCUGCUCUGUGCCCUCCUGUAGCACCCAUGGGUCUGUGUCGCAGCUUCUCUAGUCCCUAAUCGGGUAAAUGUUUUGAGUAUAUGCCCAUGAUCACGGCCCAAAACACUUAAAGACAAACCAUGACGUGGAAAUGUGUGCGAGUCAGCUGACGAGUCUGGUGACUGUAAUGACUCUUUUCUUCUGCAGCUGUGGUGCAUUCUGGGAGAUUUCUGUGUAGAAGAAAGCGUGCAUUGAAAACAGGGUGGCUACGAAGAGGCUUGUUGUUGUUUUUUGGAUGCGAAUCUGUGCAUAUGUUUCAAUGUUUUGCAGCUCUUACUCCAUGAGAACGCUCAACCAAAGGGAGACGGGAGGAUCCGCAUGGUUGAGAAGGACUUUGCGGCGCUUGACAAUCAUUUUUUCUCUUUCAGAUCAGCCUGAACAGAGACCAGCUGUGCAUUUUGAAUGUUUCAAGACGAACUUUACUGAAUAAAUGAAAACAUGUGAGAGUUUCCCAGACACUUAAACUCAAGGUUGGCUGUUGUUUCUAUGCAGCAGUAAGAAUGUAAAAUUGUCUGACAUGGCAUUUGAGUAGAUACAUUUAUGGAGGUCUCUAAACCUUUUCUUCCAGGUGCCCUUGAAAUGCCCUUUUCCUUGUGUGAAUACAUGUUUGUUGGCAGAAUGUGUCCACCCAUACCCCCAAAAUAAGACCGAAUACGACUGACCCCCCACAUAUUCUUCUUUAGAUUCUGUGAAAUGUGUCAUGGGCUAUACUCAAAGGUUUACUACCAUUGAACACAAGGUAGUGCCGCGCUCUGCAUGGGUUCAAAGUCUCUGGUCUCGUUUGUGACUUUUCUCUCUUUGUGCUGUUUUCUGACAUGUUAAACCAGCUUGUAGACAUGCUUGGCUGCCGCAGCUUUUUGUUGUUUUUUACUCCACAAACAUGAGCUGUAACUGACCACCCCUCUCUGUCUGUCUCUCUCCCUGUCUCUCUGUUUUUUUUUUUUCCUCUAAUCCUCUUUCUGUCUUUCCUCCUGUCUCUUCUCUCCUACUUUCAGUCUUCUUUUCUCUCCUCUAUCUUUCCAAAGCAUGUCAAACAAGAGUAAAACUCUCGUGUCCAGCCUCUGUCCUUUUUUUCUCUCUCUCCGGAUGCGUUCUUGUCUAAAGAACAGCAUUCCCCUCGUCUCUUGAUCUUUGCAUUUUGAUCAGUCAGACACAGAGAUCUACCAAGUGUUUUGUGAAAAUACUACCACUCUUCAACUCACUAAAAAAUCAAGUGGAUAAAAAAAUUGCAUCAGGUUUGAUGUUGGUUUGUACCCUUCCCUGAUAUAUUCCUGAAUUUACUUAACAAAUAUUAUUCACACUUUUAUGACCAACCCCUGUUUAGUUAUUUAUCAAAUAAAACCAACAGCUUAAGGAUUCAGCUCUCAAUUUAGCCACUCAUUUUUACUCAAUAUAUGAGUUGCAGUCUUCCAGUUUCACAUGAUUUGAAAAGCUUGCAUUCUUCAUAGUGACCAGAAGAGGGCGACUCUAUUGGUCACAAAACUACAUUGAUUAUUUAGAGACAGAUCACAAUCUUCUAUCACAUAAGAAAAGGAAAUUUACCAAACUUUUUAGUCUUAUUCGCUAGUCUUAGUGUUUUUACUUUAAAUUUUGACCUCAUUUGGCAUCAAAAAUCUUAAGACAUUGGUUCUCAAGUCCAGUCCUCGAGGCCCACUGUCCUGCGUGCUUUGGAUGUUUUCCUGCUCCAACACACCUGAUUCAAAUGAUGAGCUCGUUAUCAAGCUCUGUAAUGGCUUACUAACGAGCUGAUCAUUUGAAUCAGGUGUGUUGGAGCAGGGAAACAUCCAAAACAUGCAGGACAGUGGGCCUCAAAGACUGGACUUAAGAACCAAUGUUUUAUGGCAAGGUUAAAUUACUGCUUGGGUACCUGGGAUCACCUACUUAAGUACUUACUUUAAGUUCUUUUGAGGAGUUUUUUUUCCACAUUCAUGCCUUUUAAUGAUAAACAAAUUAAAACAAGACUGAAAUAUUUUUAUAACCCUAUUUUUAUUAUUUGAUACUGGUGAAAGGGGAUAGGUCGAGGUCUUACAGCUCAAGAAAUAGUUGUGUUUUUACUACUUUCACAUAAAAUAUUCACAAUAAAUGAUAUGUUUGAUUAUCAAAAGUCAGCAGAAUGUGAUUGGCUGUCAUAAAUCACUACUGAAGCAUGUAGCAGACAAGAUAAGCAAUCUAUAAAUUUAGCACUCUUACUGUAAAUUGUUACCAUAAGUUAAGUGUUACCGGGGAAUUCAUAGGAAUUCAUAUCCACCUUUAGUACCAAAUACGGUAACCUCAGGUCCCCCAGUGUGGUCGGCAUCACAACAGUUGUCAACAAACGAAUAUGUGACACUGUAAAAUCAGGAUAAAUGCAGGACAGAGGAAAACUUGGACAAACAGGAAGAGAGACGGCGGUUCAUGUUGACACGACCCGAUCUGGUCUGGAAAAUAAGUGAGGACAUCUGAAAAAGUUGAUAUAACUGCACACCUGCACGUUUCUCUGAGAGUUUCCCCUCACUGAUAAAAUCCGCCCCUAAAACUCACCGAUUUUUGACCUAAUAGAACUUGUGCCCCGUUUUUGACCCCUUGAAUUAUGCAGGUGUUGAAGUGCACUCUGACUAAUUGUGACUAAAUGUCCCGCCUCUUCCUCUCCGUCCCUCCAGAUCCGGGUGGUGAAUGCAUUCCGCAGCUCCAUCUCCCUCUAUGAGGGGCUGGAGAAGCCCGAGUCGCGAACAUCCAUCCACAACUUCAUGACCCACCCUGAGUUCCGGAUAGAGGACUCCGAGCCCCAUAUCCCCCUCAUAGACGACACUGACGCCGAGGACGACGCCCCCACCAAGCGCAACUCUGCCAGCCCCCGUAACGCCACGCCCACGCCACCUUCACCGACACCCACACCCACGACCACUGCCGCCCCCACCACGCCUGUCUCCCCCUCCCCAAACCAGAACAAUAACGCUGUGGAGAGCAGCAACCACCUCCUUCCAGAGGGCCCCAAAUCAGGAAUCCCCUCGGCCCCGGGGAGCCCCCUACACAGCCUGGAAACCUCCCUCUGAUCUGACCCCUGACCUCCACACGAUGACGUCACCACCAACCUUUCUGCCCGCCACCAAGGAGCUCGACCCGGACGCAGUGAACGGACGAAGGAACACUCAGAGAGGGGAGAGAGGGAGGGGCCAGGAGGAGAACGGGGUCCUGUGUGAGCUCGGCUCGGGCUGGACUAGGAGAACAGCAAACAUUCAGAGGAAUGUACGGCUUGGUGUGGAUGAUUUGGUCUUCUUUUAUUUUUGGUUCUUUAAAAAAAAACCUGCUGCAACACGAGGACUCCGUCUCCACCCCUCCCUCCUUUUUGUUUUUCUCGGUAAACAAGGGGUGAAAAUAAACUCAGAUUGAAAGUGACCUGUUUUUAUUAUUCUAUUGUUAUUAUUAUUAUUAUUUGAAUUGAGAAGGGGAGGAUCUCCUCCUGGCUUGAAGAUCGUCUGUAAGAAAUCUGAACGAACCUUUUAGCUUCUCUUUUAUCUGAAUGGUGUUGUAUAUUUAUCUCUUUGGCCCUUUGCUCAUUCAAAACUUAUUUCUGCUCCAUUUGGCUGUUAAUAUUUUGAGUUAUUUAUGUUUUUUUUGGAAAAAGCAGGUCUGUUUACAAAGUUUGUAGAUACUUUUUUUCUGUUUGUAGGCAAAAGAGCUUCCUGAUGUAUGAUGCAGAAAACUGGGACAGAAUAAAAAAUGAAUGAGAGGAUUAUUUCAGAUACUGCUGUAUUUUCAGGAAAAAAAGGGUGUUUCUAUUGAAACUUAACUAUUUUUGCCUGCAAGUUUUAUUUGUUAUAUAUUUGUAGAUAAAUGUAGAACCUUCUAGCCAAACCGAUAAACACUAAGGCUUGUAUAGAAAAGAGGUCCAGGGUCUGGGGCAUGGCGUUUUCACAGGAGACCGGGAAGGGAGAGACGAUUCAGGCCUCUGUCCACUAACAUUGCUAUAAAUAUAUUUACUUCUUCCAUUUCUUCGAUAGUUUUCAUGUGCACAAAAACCUUCUGGAGUUCUGGAUGCUCUUUUCAUUCAUUAUGUUGUGUUCAAGGAUUUCCACAUGUUGAAAGGUUCACUCGUUUAAAGGGAGUUCAGAAAACAUCAGGGCCCAUAUUUAACAAGCAGCUCAGGAUGACACACAGAAUCAUGCUGACAGCUGGACCAGGAGGAAAAGUCUUACCUCUGAGGCGACGUGAGGUCACACUCAUGUCGCUUUUAGCACAAAAACAAGCUCUACUUUUACAUUUUUUUUUUUUUUUAAAAAUAGGGAAAUAUUUAAUUAAAAAUGGCUGGUUGAUAAUGCAAAAAUAACAUAGCUUCAAGCUGAUUUUUGCACUGGGGCUUAAAAUGUGUUUUGCCAAAGUCAGAAACACUUAAAGCUCCUGUGAGGAGAUUUUCCGUGUUUACGAAACAGACUGAAAUUAGCACUGGUGCUUCUUUAUGACCUGUAAAAGCAAACAAAACCAUCAGGGACGAGCCGAUAAUUUCUUUAUUGUUAUUUUUAAUGUCUAAAACUACUGGUGGGGGGUAGGUGUCAGUCAAGCCUCUGAACUGCACGCUACUAAAACUGCCCUUUCAUUUGCAUUUCAGCGCAAGAACUAUGUAUGAUGUUAUUUAUUUUUACUUGUUUUGAAAAUGUAACUGGCCCACAUGCAGACAAAAAUCAGCAAAGAAGUUAUAGGUACUGCUUUGUUCACAGGGGGGCGCCAAAGUCGACACAAACUUUAAAAAAAUCCCCACAGGAGCUUUAAAUAUCAAAUCUCACCACCUUUAUAACCGCACAACCUGGCCUUCUGUUGUGAGCUGUAUCAUAAUUUUGCAAUAAGAAGUUCGUAAACAGGAAACGUGAAUGUGCCUUGGCUACAAUAACAAUUUAGCUAGCGCCACCUGCAGGUAAAUACCCCUUCUCCAGCUUAAAGCCUCAUUCUUAUCAUCCUGGUAGAGUUUCUCUUUGAACGCUUGUUGAAUUCGGACCCUGGUUAUCAUUUGUAAAAUUCUGGUGCAUUUUCAUCACGUAGUUUUAUCAGAGAAACGUUAGCCCCCUGCCAAUGUACAAUAUGGACAUUUGUUUACUCAGGCAUAGACAAAGUAUUUAAUUUAAAAGGAAUCUAUAGAGGACGAACCUUUUAACGACAGAAUUUGUGUAUUUAGAUAGAAAACAUUGUCUUGGUUAAAAAGAAAAAACAAACAAGUGAAUUAUUUUCAUAUUUCAUUCAAUCUUUGAGAUCACGCCUUAGGACAACUUAAUUUAACUCCUCUGAUUUCUGAUCAGAGGGGAGACAUUUUUCUUUCACCCUGUCCGUCAGACUCCUUUCACCAUGAAUAAAUGUUGCUGCAUUUGAUUUGUUUGUAAGAUAUUUUUGACACCUGAUGUACUGGAAACGCUAAAGAAUUGGACAUGUGCAUUUUUCAAGAAUAAAGACUAGGCAUACACUGGUAUCUAUCUGCACAGGGUACUUUAUUUCAUAGCGUUCCUCUGGGGAAGACGAAUUUUGAUACAAAUCACGAUAAAGAAAAUGAACCUUUGUAUUUUUAUGACGAUACUGAUGAUACCUUUCAUCACUCUAAACCGAUUUUGGAUGAUUUGACACCAAUUACGUUCUACGGGGGAGGGUUUUUGGCCACUAAAAAUGUGUGUUGUUCUGGAAUCUUCAUCUCAGGGUGCAAACGGUGUGAAAGAGAACAAGGCCUCUUUUGAGUUUGUAUAUUUCCACUCUUAAUUCAGCAUUUGGGACGGUGCUUGUCAAACACACAGGAGGACUCGGGCAGCAGGCUGCAGAUUCUUCCUGCAGCUUUCUGGCCGUGCACAGAGAGGGUAAAGGAAGUGGAGAUGUUAAAUCACAGCGUUCUCUUGGGGGAAAAGGUUCAAUUUUCCUUGUUUUACAGAUGACACAAAGCAGCUAGGAUUGCAUACAAAGUGAGAGAUUGAAAAGACGAGAGGAAUCCACAUGAGGAGUUUGUUCUGUAGCUUCUUCCUGUAAUGGGAAUGAAUGUUUUUCCAUCUGUUUUAUGGAUUAUUAUUUUUUUAUCUUUUAACAUUUGGAAAUAAAAGUACUUCAUGUCUGUUUAUCUUGAGCAUUUUAAAUGGAUAUCGUGAUUGGAUUUACAUUUGAAACUUGUCGAGUAAUGUGUAUGGUUUUUAAAAAUAAAAAAUGUAUUUAGCCUAACUGC